AAGCACGGUUCAGCCGCCGCCUGUGAUUGCUGCGCCGCGGCUAGUUGAGGGUUUGGGGUAGAGGAGGACCUGCGGUGAUGGAUGUGCCGAGUUAUGUAUGGGGAGAGCAGGGAAAAAUUAGCUCCCAUCCACCAUUUUGUACCUCUGUAAGAUCCACAGCAGGCCCUCUCAAUAUGGGGUUGGAGAGCUAUUCUUUAGGUAAAAAUCGGGGAGGGGGAUUGAGCUGAGCAUCUGGUCUGCAGGGAGAUAGGAUGGCUGCAGCCUUCCCUGAGCUUUGUGAAAGGCGAGCCUUAGUCCAGGGUUGCCCGCAAUACCAGGUUCGCCUGGGCCUGCCUGCAUUAUGGCUUAGAGGAUAUUUAAACACUCCCUCCCCCCCUUUUAAAAAAAGGAACAGGUUCUUUGCACCGUUCUGGAGAUUCGAGGCAGGGGGAAGCUCUGCCCAUGUCCGUCUGAGUCUGUUUCAAUUUGUAUGCAGGAGCUAUGCCGUGGAGCUCAUUGAAAGCUUGGGGAGGGAGUCGUGGUGUGUUUGCAUACGGAACGCUCGCACGAUUGCGCGUGGACUUAGCAUAGCUUGCAUCAGUGCUGUGGAUGGAAUGGAGGCUGUAUCGUGUUUUGCAUGCCGGAUGGGAAGGGCAAACACAAUGGUCCUAGAAUUGAAGGCUUCAAAAAAUAGGUUUCUUGUGAGAAAGCGGUGACUGCUCAGAGCCUCCUGGAAUGAGCUGGUUUUCUUUGAAUCCCAUUCACUGGCUUGUGAUACUGGACCAGGGAUGCUGAAGGGGGAAAUCCUGCGAACCUUGCAUUUUGUGUCCCUUACAAGUAAGGGUGUGAAAAAUGUUUCAUUCUGGAAAGAAUUUGCUUUUAAAUGCAAUGUCGUGGAAGCGUGGAGACCAAACCACUCUAAACCCUGUCUUAACUGGGGAGAUUGUUUUAAGCUUGUGGUUGGUACUUAUAGUCAAGCCUUACUUUCUCCCUGAAUAGCAAAUCCUUUUAAAUUGGGGUCAGUGUCUCACACUUUAAAAAUGUACUGUGACCACGUCUCCAUUCCCAGAAAAAGCCUCAAAGUAGCUAUCCCUUUUAUUUCAAAAUCAGGUAAUAUAAGGAUGUUGCAUGCUAUUUUGGCAAUCACACUCCCUGGAUUUUCUCUCUUGUGACAAACCAGUUUUGGGAAGGAAGUAACAAGCAUAGUUUAUGAUUAAGUAAUUUAAGUGGCGGCUGCGGUUGUUCUAUUCUUUAGGCUCAUGUCCAGUCAAUGCACUGUACACCUAGAUCCAACUCUACCCUCGAACACCAUGCCCAUAGGCCUCAUGUACACAAGAGAGUUCAGUUAAUUCCAGGCUUCCCUCCCUCACUGCAUCCUCACUCAGCAAACCUCUCUCUUUCCUGCCCUCCAUACCCACCCCAGAAUUCAGAAUUGACCCCAAAUGUGGAGCUGUUCGAGGGCAGGUGGCUAUCAGUUCUCUCACAAGCCUGCAAGACUCUUUUAAUAAUGUCAGGCACACUCCUGAGGAGUCUAUUUUUUACCCGUUUCAUCUUCGCUUCCUUGUGAUCACACUUUCAGACUUUGCAAAAGAGGUCCAUGAUUACCCAGCGCUGUGAGACAUCUUUGAGGGCACGAGGAAGAGGCUUCCAAUUUUACACGAUUCGCUCAUUCCAUCCUGGGUGCCACCUGCAGAUGGUCAGGUGGUCUUCCCAGGAUGAUCCAUUUCCAGCUGGUGGCCGAAUUCAACGUCAAGUUACUUCUGAGAGCAGAGGAACCCAAGGAGAGAGCUGUGUCAUUCAUUCAGCCUUUGGUGGGGCGUCCCCCAAGACCAGUGUCUUGCUAGAUUCUCUUGAGGAUGCAGGGUUGGACAAAACGUAGUCUUGUCUAGGAAGGAGAGCUGUUACUUACUGUUUUAUUGUAAAUGUCAUCAAGUUCAUGGAAUGCAAAGCAGAUCUAGUGUUCAUUGAAAGAAAUAAUGGAUACUAAGGCAUUGGGCAUGCCUUAAUGUCUGUCUGAGCAUUGAGAGGGAAAUGGGUCCUUUCUCCUAUGUAACUUUUAGGAUGCUGAUUUCACGAGAGGACAAGUAUCUUAUCAUUUCCUUCCCCAUAUUUGGCUCCUUUCAGAAUGUGGGAGGUGCUAGAAGCUGAUGUUGCAUGAGACCGGUGGACAUCAUUUGGAGGAAGCUCCUCCUACAGAAUGGGAAGGGGAUGCACUUGUAGCAAGUUGGUUGUCCUGGGUGCAAGCUGAGCCUUUGUUUCUUGUCUCAUAGCGUGAACUGGGAAAUGAAGCGACUUAGGGACAUGAAGGCCUUGACGCUUCCUUUUGUUAGCCCAGCCAUUGGCUUCACCAUUUCCUGUUACCAUACUCCAUUUUCAGUCAAGAAGAGUCUUGUUGUAGGUAAAUUAUUUGCAUUCAGAGGACACGAUAAGCCUCUUCAAAAAAAAAAAAAGUGCUAAAUAAUCUACAAUAGCUUCAUCUUGGAGAGACUUUUUAGAAAUCCCUCCAGAAAAUAUGAAAAUUAAGGGAAAUAAUUUAAAAAAAUAUUUGGGAAAUGAGGAAAACCCCAGGACAUUUUAAAAGAAAUACACGCUGAUAGCUAUCCUGGGUUUAGUGCAGCUAUCUAGCACACAGUAGGAGCUUCAAGUAGAGAUAUAGGCCUUUAUAAGUUUUAGCGAGGCAGCCCCAUUUCUAACAUGUAGUAGUAAGUAGUCACCAGUGUCGAAUGUGAUUUAUAGCAGUGGGCUUGACCUUUGGCCUUGUUCUUUUCUGCUCCCUUCAGGAGAAAAAAAUGUAGGCUUCCAAGGUCAGAGCAGACACAUAGAGUGCUGAUCAGGUCCUGCAAGGAGACAGCUGCAUAGAAAACUGAACCUUUCGGUCAUGAAGACGAUGCCUUCUUUCAGUGUCUCUUUUCAGUUAUCAAACCUAAAGUAAUCCUGAGAGUCCCCAGCCUCCUAGCAACCAGGGAGUUCUCGGGGCCGCAGAAGAGUUCACUGUUCCUCUUCCAUAUUCAUUACCCCACAGUGCCUUCUGGGCAGGAGUGGGGGAAUCUUGCCUUUUGUUCAAACCAAGUUGAAUAUAAAAAACGUGCACAGCAUCCCAAGAGGAGAGAAGGUUGGGGCAAAUGGCGGUGGGACCAUUCUGCCUCAUUUUUCUAUCACUGGAUAGAAAUGGUGGCAUUAAUUAGAGAGCGGAGUCAAACUCCCCAAGAGAAAGGAACUCUGUAAUAUCCAGAGAACACUGGCAGCCGCGAUCCUGGGCCACUGCGAAAUGAUUGGAGGGCUUUAAGCGGUUCGUGGGCAAAGUCUUUAGAGCCUGCCCUGUUCUUGUGUGUGAGCAUCCUUUGAAACAUCAUUCAUAGGAUGCCAAGCCUCCGAGGGUAGCUGGUGCUUCAUAUUCCCUGUAUAAUGCUGCCGGGAUUUUGGUGGGGGAGUCUCCCAUCGAUCAAGAUGGCAAGUUAACUUUUCUAGUCUUCAGCCUCUACUGAGCAUGCCCGUAAAAGACUUGGCACGUGCAUGAGAAAGCAGGAUGGUGACCACAAAUUUUAGGUCAAUUCUUGCGUUUUUUUUUAAAGUAAUGCCUUUAAGGAAGAAAGUCAAUAUGUUUCAUUCUAUGGCUCUAAGGAAUUUGAAAAGAAAGACAAAAUAAAAGCCUAAAACGACAUCCGCAAACAUGAAGAUUGGUUUUGUCUGGUGAUGAUUUAAUGGUCUUAAUUAAGCGGGGACACAUGGCUGGCACCCGACCCGAUUAGUUUAUUGGUUUUCAUUUUGCAGAAUCUAGUUCUGGGCCCUUUAGUGUGAGCCAAUUCCUCAUGUUCUCGUACUGUAGGACACCUGAGCGUGGAUGACAGACACACAGGUUCUAAUCAUGGCCUGCCUGAGCCAGCUGUGUCCCCUGCCACUCAGAUGACCUCCCUCUGUCCGUAAUGAGUCCUUUGGCUCCAAGCUUCAUUAUAGAGGUCUUCUAAUGAGCAAACUCUGGACUUCUGAGCUUAGCACCUGAUCGUUAGGAAAGCCCUUUGCCCUUCUCUAUACACUGGAGCCUUGGACUUCUCGAUGCACGAGCUGUGCUCAUGUUGGGACCCUGCUUCCUGACAUCCUUAGGCCCUGCGUUAAAUGUGUGCCUCAUUGUGGCCAGGUGACAAGCUUUAAUAAAUAGCAUCUUAUUUCUCCCUCUUUCCUCUUUGGCUUUUCUCUUCCAGUGGUUUUGAUUUGCAGCUUCCCAUAUUGACUGCUCUCAUCAAGCCGGUGGAAGGGAGGGAUGGUACCCUCGGAGUCCAAGGACUUUAUUCAUUAUUUCCCAAGGGAACACCCGGCAGUUUACAAAGGCCACCUCUCCUGGUAUUUCAAUAUCUUCUACAGUCUUUGGGAAUUUUUUUUUUUUACUUGGAAAAAAAAAAAGAAAAGAAAAGAAAGGAAAAGAGAAAAUGAGUAUGCUGUACAAAAUCUUAGAAUGUUUAUGACUCCAGGGCAUUUGAGGCCUUAAAUUCCCUGGACCUCCAGAGAUUUGCAGUAGAUUAGACUACCAUGCAUUCUUUGGCAUAAGAUUGUUUAUGCUGAAUGCAUGACUUGAGAGUCAAAUCUGGCUAGGUUCUUGCUAUUGGGAUCAUACACAAACUUUGGAGUUUAGCAUAGCCUUUGUUACUCGGCCUUAAAACUGCGAGAUGCCUUAAAACUGCGUGAUGUCUUGGCUCUAAAGGUGGGUUUCUUGUUGUAGUGAGAGCAGAAUAUAGUCAAGUCUGAAUUUACUCUGGCCACAGUCACACAAGAAUGAAGUGACGCGGGUAAAUUUUUAAAAAAUAAAGGAUGUAAUAAACUUUUCCCUAAGUAGUAAAUCCCCAAACUAUUUUUAUGUGAUGUUGGAAUGUGUAACCAGCUGGCCAGAAAAUCCUAUUGAUUUCUCCUACUUGAAUAUUUUAAAUUUGUCUCUUUACCCCAGCUCUUUUGAUCUUCUGUUCUUCUUUGUUAUUGUCCAAAGGGACCAGCUUUCCAGGCCAAUCUUCUUGGGACCCCAGAAGGCUUUUAUUAUUUGUUUUUGUUGUUGUUUUGUGUUGUUUUGUUUUUUAACCUGACCCAAAGCAAAACUGGAGAAGUUGAUUCUCUUUGUAAUGUCUUGCAUGCAUGUGGAUUGAGUUGUGUAUGGACUGCGGGCUCUAGAAAGUCUUUUGACUUUCCACAUCUUUCUAACCUCCUCCUUACCCUGUGCUUCUAUUCUGUCUGGGAGCUCAGAGCCAUUGUGUGUGUUUCAGACUUUCUGUAACAUUGCUUAGAACCUGCCCUCCCCCGCCUCCCCACCUCUUCAGGUCUGACAGAAUUCCAUCUCUGCUUCCAGAGUCAACGAGUCUUGUCUAACCCAUUCAAUUUAAGAUUAGGUCUCAUAGCUUGGAUUAGCUUGAAUUUUCAACCCUCCUGCCUCAGCCUCCACCAUAGCUGAGGGUGCAGGGGCACCCCAAUGUACCCAGCUUGCCCCCUUCUUAUUCUCUUCCUCCAGAUCCUUUCUGUAACAGUUGCUUUUUGCUUGUAUCAUAACAGCUCUGCUCUGUGCCUCCAGCUCACCCAGUCCCAUCCUUUACCGGACAGCCAGCUGUUAACUGACAACACCUGUUUCAUUUACAUCCUUUUUGUGCCAGCAUCCUUGAGCUUGGCGCACAUCAGGACUCUGAUGUCUUUUAGAUGAGUGACUUCUCUUAAAAGGAGGAAAGGAAGAAUGUCUGGAAGUCUGGUUGUGAGUCAUCCUUUUAUAACUGGGGAAGUUACUACAGCUAGAAUUCUAUAGGCUAUAUAUUAUCCUACCAAGUAUGUUUAUUAUAUACUAUACAAUCUUAGGAUCUUACCUUUGAGUCAUCUCCUUCUAUGGGAGAAAAAAAAAUCCAACAAGCCGUAGCUGUUCAUGAGUGAACCUUUGGGAAUCGGAAGUUGGAAUAUACAGUCAGGAGCCAAGUAGAGCAGUUAGUCUGGAUUGGUGGAGGCUGAACAGGGUUCAGAGAAGGGGAAGGUGCUAGUUAACAACUGGAGGGAGGGCUUACUAGGGUCUUGAGGAGUUGCUAGGUUUUCAGGAGAUGGAGAAGGAGAAGGAUUGGGGAAGACGGCAUUAGCCAAAUACAAUGCUGUGUGGAGUUUAUCAUAUUGUAACUUUGGGAUGUGAGAAUGGCAUAACCAGGCAAGGGAGGAGCCUGGCGUGGAGUAUAGAUGGGUACCAUGUGUGUCUAGUACUUUGGAGAUCUGCAUGGAAGGGAUCCACGUAGUGAUCCUGCAGUAGAUGAUUUAAAAUAAAAACAACCCUAGAACCACGGUUCCCUACAUUGACUCGCUACACUGUAUUCAUAUGUUUUUGGAGGGAGUCUUAACCAUACACAGCUUGUCUUAGGCUGUUUUAUCUGGGGCUGAGAAGUUUAUUUGGCACACAGUUCUAGUGACUGUAAGGUCUGAAUAACAUAAUGGCGGUGUCCUUGUGAGAUUGCUCUCCCUCCCCCCUCCCCACCUUUAUCCAGGGCUCCAAUACAGCUGGUCACAUGUGGAAGGGAGCGAAGAUUCGGUCUGGCCUCACUGUGUAAUAGCUCGUUGUAGUGAGAACUGGUCCAAUUACAUCUGACCAAACUUCCUUCCUCCAAGUGGGCAUGGAUCUCCUCCGCAGAGCAGCACCCCUUUGUCUAGUUAUCUUGUCACAUCUAGCACAGGAUGCUGCUGUAAUGGGGACCAAGCUCUCAGCAGAGUCAAAAGUACCUCACCUGGACCUUCCAGGUUCCCUUUCAACUUAACUCACUGUUUAGUGAAGCGAAUGAAAAAGAAAACACCUUUUCUGUAAAAUUACAGGUUUCGCUUGAUAAUUAUAUUUUUUUCUAAUCCCCAUUAAAAUGAGACUAUGACUCUUUUUGGCUAAAAGCAUUUAACCAGAUAACCAGCUGCGAAGGACACAUAGGCCUGACUGUCACAGGAGCUGUGUACUUGAACCAGAAUUUGUGUAAGCCAAGGAGGGAGGGAUGGGAGGAAGAUGCAAGGGAGGACCUGGCAGAUGGAGGAGCGGAUUACUCUUUGGAACUAGUUGGUUUUAAGAAGUAAAAGAAAAUAAAAGGCACCCUUAUAUCUUGCUGGUGGGAAUGAAAACCGGUAUAGCCACUAUGGAAAGGAGCAUAGAGGUUCGUCAAAAAUCCAGCAACGGAACCAACUAUACCUCUUCUGAGAACACACCUAGAGAAUCCAGAUCAGCAUACCGCAGAGACAUCUGCUCAUCUGUCUCAGUGCAACACUGUCCUUAGCAUCCAAGGUGUAGGAUGAACCUAGCUGUCCGGCAACAGGACUGGUAAAGAAGACAUACUGUGUACACUCACAGUGGGGGGUUUAUUUAGCUGUAAAGAAAGAGGGGGUUUGUAGGAGGAUGGGUGGAAUUGGAGUUCACCUCAAUAAGUGAGAGAAGCCAGGCAUAGAAAAGCACAGACAUUUUUAUUCAUAUGUAGAGUCUAGAUUGUGUACGCACACACACACACACACACACACACACACACACACACACACACACACACAGGGCAUGAAAAUGGAAGGAUUAUUUGGGAUGGGGAACCAGUGAGAGGGGUCACAGGAGAGGGUAAUGAGUGAAUGUGGUUAAAGAACAUGAUAUCCUUGAUUAAAACUGUCACAGAAAUCCUCCACUGCUUUGUAUAACAAAUCUACACCAGUUUAAAAAGAUGAGUGGAGAUGUUGUUUCUGAAGACGAUCGGAACGAUCAGGAAGCUGGGGACAGUGGAACAGAUGAUGAGUUCUAUUUUGGUCGAACAGAUGCGUUCCCAGAGCCAGGAGGUGCUUUAGGCACGCUUGUGCAUAGAGGAGGUGCGAGGGCUGUAGGUCGUCAUCUGUGCCGAGGAGCAGUUGAGAACACCAGAAUAGCCUGGCUUUUAUGUACACUCUGGUCAGCUUUUUAGGUGGCUUCAGUUAUUUUUAUUUCCGGCAGAUGGAGGGUCAACUGGAUUUCACAGACUGAGUUUUCCUUGGCUUUUCAAAAGCUUGGAGAAGCAUCCUUAGCACUGCUUGUAGGUUACCCCCCUGGCCUUUAGAACCGACAUCUGGUGUGAUUCUUAGGCUUGCGAUAUUGGUGUUUGCAUGGAUUCAGUAGCCGUUUUGUUGGCAGCAGGAGCAUGCCUUGGGUAUCUGUAAGGCAGGUUUGCAAAGGGGGAGAGUCACGCAAGUGACUGCACAAAAGAAGAGACCAGCUAUGUAAAUAAUGUAUGUUUCAAACAUCUGUCAUAUACCUAUUCAGCGGAAAAAUUACGGCUUAGGUAACUCACUCUCACAGUUAAAAAAAAAAAAAAAAAACUCCAUUCAUCUUUCUACUUUAAUCCAAGAUGACUCCUUCAGGCCAAGUUUUCUCUUUUUGAAGAUAAAAGAGAGAUAUUUGGCAGAUGCCUGCAGGCAUUCGGGUAGAGGAAUGGAUGCCUGGUCUCAUUCUUCUGAUGGCCACAGUUUCCCAAGGAGGGACUGUCUGGCAAUUAACAUCCUGCCUCAGCCCUGAUGCACAUUCCUGUCUGAUCUCUUCCUCUAGAAGAGCCAAUAGCAUCUCCACUGCUUCUUGUGCACUCACCUCUUGCUUUGAAAUGGUUUGCUCAGUAAGUGGGAGGAUGCCCGUCACGAUGACUGAGGUGCGUCAGUCAUUUUCGUUUCCCCACAUUUGAGUGUCACUUUUAGCUCUGCCAUAGCCCCCAGCUGAUAUGUGUUUGAUAAGUCUCUCCAAAAUAUCCAUUCAAGCUCCAAUCUCUGGUGCCUGUGGAUAUGACCAUAUGUGGGAAAAGGUGUGGAUGUAGUCUUGUUGAGGUGCUGAGUAGGGUGGGCUGUGCACCCAAUAUGUAAAUAGAAGAAAAGAGUUCCAGAGGGGAGGGGGCAUCAUGUGACUCUAGGAGCAGAUUCGGGAGUAUCCAUAAGCCAAGGAAGGAGUAUCCAUAAGCCAAGUGAUUGCUAGCCACGAUCAGAAGCUAGAAAGAGGCCAGGAUGUAUUCUUCCCCAGUGUCCUGGAAGGAUCUAGCAUACAGGUGUCUGUAAUCCAACUUUAGGAACCAGAAUCUUUUUUUCUUGCUCUGUGCUACACUUUGUGUUACUUGUUACAGGGGUUUUAGGAUAUGGAUCUGCCUACCAUUGGUUCGAGGCAGAGUCUGUCUUCUCUAUGUCUCUUCCCCUCCCCUCCCCCUCCCCUCCCCUCCCCCUCCCCCUCCCCUUUUCUUUUCCCUUCUCUUCUCUUCUCUUCUCUUCUCUUCUCUUCUCUUCUCUUCUUUUCUUUUCUUUUCUUUUCCAGUUGCACACACCCCUUCCCUUCCUGCUUUGAACCUUGCUCUGCUGGACAACCUGAUGGGGCCCAUGAAGUGUAGUCAUUGGGCUUGCAGUAGGGUAGCAUUCCCAAGGUAGUGGUGGCCCUUAGUAGUUUGUGUCCCCGUGACUGUGCUGGUGGUGCCAGCUGCUUUUUUGUAACUGCUGACGAGGGCCUUUUCCUUCAUCAAGUGUCUCUGUCUUCAGGGUUCCCAGCCUGACUUUUCCACUGUGCCUGGUCACUUAUGAGUCACUAAUAUACUUGAACAGUUUGCUUUUCUGAGAAGCUGUUGGCUCUGUGAGUUAGGGCUAAGAGGCAGGCCCUGAGAGCUUUCCUACCACUCUGUGAGUAAGCAGAUAUGUUAGCUGUUUUCCUAGGACCUCCGUUUCCUGUCUUGAAAACAUGGAAAUAAUAAUGGUACCUGCUCAUCGGGUAUUGGGUGAAUUAUGUGAAUUCAUAUGCAUGAAGCCCUUAGAAACCAAGUCUGAUUCCUUAAAGGUAUGGAUCUGCUAUUGUUUAUUAUUGUUUCUUAAAGAGCCAUUGCUGACCUGUGUUGCUCGUAACUAAGAAUCCCAUCCAGUUAGAGUUAGGCAGUAGCGUCAGUAGUUGUCACUUCACUUUAAACUCUAAGAAUUGUUCUAAAGAAAGAAUUACAUGGAAACUAUACAACAAAUACAAUUUUGGUUUUUACUUUGCAACAAUGUUGCUCUUAUUUUUGGAACCGUUCCAGGCUUUUGUUCCGUGUCUGGUGAUAGCCCCUCCUGCUUCUCAUGUGACUUCUUGGUGCUUUGGAUUUUUCUAGAGCAGUGGCUCUCAACCUGUGGGUCAAGACCCCUCUGGGGGUUGAACAACCCUGUCACGGGGGUUGCAUAUCAGACAUCCUGCAUAUCAGAUAUGUACAUUUCAUAGCAGUAGCAAAUUACAAUUAUGAAGUGACAAAAAAAUAAUCUUUAUGGUUGGGAGUCACCUCAACAAAUGGAACUUGAUUAAAGGGCCACGUCAUUUGGAAAGUCGAGAACCACUGUCCUAGAGGAAGCCUGAUUGUUUUUGAAGUGCUAGUUUGUGUUCCCAUAGUAUCCUUGUACAUCUAUGUGAGCAUUAUAUAUUGGGUCAUCGUUUUCCUGUGUGACCCCUCUAUUUUAGGUUUAGAACCUUAGAAGCUAAUAGUUUACAUGUAUAAGUAGGAAGACACACAGUCUCUUUCAGAUUCCUGGCAGUCACAGUAUGGACUUGGGAGUCCAAAUCUCUCUUUAACCUGAGGCACAGUUAGCAACCAGGAGUGGUGUGAAGACCUUGCUGUGUAAUUGUAGGUAUUUGUCACCCCGCUGCAGUCUCUGAGCCUAACGGGCAAACAGGGAAGAUGGAGCCGUGUCUAUGGUCCCUAGGCUGUACUGGUGGAGCCUCUGUUUGUGGAAAAAGCAAGCAAGCAAGCAAACACACAAAAAACCAAUCCAAUAUAGAUCUUUUGGCAACGUUGUAAACCAAACUCAUCUUCUUGACUCCACCAACUGCCUAAAAGAAAACAUCCUUUCAGAUUAGAUGCUCAUAUCUGUGACUGUAACAGAGAUCCCCAGCAAACCAGGGAACUUCAUCUGAACUUUCCUUUCAAUUGGUUUCCAAAUAUUUGAAAGAAGUAUUUGGACACAUUUCCCCCAUGUUUAUCAACAUGCUCUUUACAGUGUAGACAAAGGACAUAUGUUGAUAGACUUAAAAAAAAAAGUUUAGAAGUCUUCUAGAGAAAGUGAAUGAGCGAAUCUUAAGUGGAAGAGUAAAGAGAAUCAGAAUUUGUGUGGAUUUUCCCGCAUCUGUGGGCACAGAACUUUGCCCAGCAGCAAAAACACUGUGGGCGAAGGCUCCAAAAUCAGCAGAAGUGGAGAGACUGCCAGGUGGUUAGCGCACAUGCAGCACCAGUGUGAGGACCAGCUUUGGAUCAUAAGAAUGAAUGUUGGUUGGGUAUGGGGGCCUGACUGCAAUCCCGGCACUUGGAAGCCAGAGCAGUUGAGUGCCGAGCAAGCUACCUUUUGAGACUAGUUUAUCAGCAAGCUCUGGGUUUUAAUUUAGAGACCCUGCCUCAAGGAAUUAAACAAAAAAAUCAGUCAAGGAAGCCUCUCUGUCAGUUUCAGGCCCCUGUCUGCAUAUUUCACAUGCACAUUCACAUGUGCACAUAAACAUGUGCCUGCACACAGGUGAACACACACACACAUGCACACACACAUGCGUGCACACACCAAAGAGAGAAGAAAAAAGUAAGUCAGACAGUUGCAUCGGGUGCCCUGGUAUCCACUUGCUGGUUGUACAGUACUGGCAAGUUAUGUACUCAGAUUACUUUUAAUUCCCUUAUCUAUAAACUGAGAACACAGUGAUAUCUGAGCGAGUUUCUGUGUGGAUUAAAGGCAUGGGAGAGAGCCGGCAGGGUCCCCGGUGCAGGGUAAGGUCCUGCUGUUUAUGAUCCUUUGGAACACAGCUGUGCAGACUGGGUCUUCCUUGGAUCUUCACAGCUGAGGGUACAGCAGCCAACUUGUCCAAGGUCAGACCAAGGUCAGGGGUCUACUUAAGUCAGAGUCUUAGCCUCUUACACCGUCUCUAUUUGAUCAGAAAUCAAAUAUUCCAUUUCUCAUUGAUUUUGAUACGUGAUCUAAGGAAGCCCACAGAAUUAGUCAUUUAUCUAAGUAGGCUCCUUGUUCUCAGAUUUCCAACUUAGGAAAAAAAUAAUCCAGAUCACUAUGAAGUCAACAUUCUGUGAAAUCUGAAUCCAGGGGAACUGGACUUCACUUAAAAUCAUUUAGUCAGAUGCAGUUUAACCUGAGAUGUUUAUUUUGACUUUUUAGUAGAAGGUAAAGGCAGAAAAAAAGAAAAGGAAAGAAAGAAAGAGAGAGGGAGGGAGGGAGGGAGGGAGGAAGGAAGGAAGGAAGGAAGGAAGGAAGGAAGGAAGGAAGGAAGGGAAAAGAAAGCAUAAAGCUUCCUUGGAGGUGGAAGCUGGACUGUGUGCAUGCAUUUCCAUAUGCAACAAAAUUGGGUCUCACUGAAACUCACUCUGUAAAAGGAGACAAAGGUAUUCUUUCCCAAGGCCGACCUGGAGGGAAAACCUAGCGCUGUCCCUCCUUUAAACCAAGUACAUUUUCUCACUUUUGAUGGGUCUUCAGAAGGAGAGAUGGUUUUGUAGAAUCUGGGCGUGUACAGCACCGUUUGGGCCACUUCCACUGGUGAAUCUCUGCGGCUUUCCCGCAGAUGUGAGUUCGUAGCCUGACUUGGAACUCUGGCGUGGCAAUUGAGCUGGAGACGACCAGCUUAGCUUUCAAAGCUUCAUGGGAAAUCCCACCCAGCCAGGGGUCUGGGGGCUCAGAAGUUAGACACCUUCGUGGUGGCAUCCACCUGAGUCAUUCGUGGUCUGAAGAUGGAGAGAAUCUAUUUUCUGUCAAUGGCCAAUGCUUGUGAGCAGGCAAGGCCUAGGUUUUGCCUGUAAAGGCUUAGUUUCUCUAGAAUACAGACUACACCCUGUGUGUCGAUACCUGUGUGUGUGUGUGUGUGUGUGUGUGUGUGAGAGAGAGAGAGAGAGAGAGAGAGAGAGAGAGAGAGAGAGAGAGAGAGAGAGAGAGAGACUCAUGGGAAGAAGACACAGAGCCCGCAUUGAGAUGCUAGGUUAUUGUCGUUCUCACUGUGUGAUCAGAUACCUGACAAGAAGCCCCUUAAGGGAAGAAGUGUUACUUUGGCUUGAAGUUGGAGGGAUACAGUCUUUCAUGGCAGUGGGAAAGGCUUGCCAGGAGUAAACAGCAGCUGGUCACUUUGCUUCAGUAACCGAAGGCAGAGAAAGACGGGAAGUGAGGCCAGCCAUAAAACAUCAAGGCCUACAUCCAGUAACCUACUUCCUUCCAUGAGAACUCACCAAACAAGGCCUCAGCUGGGGACCAGGUAGUGAAACCCAGGAACCUACCUUCUGGGGACAUUUCCAUCCAAACUAUGACAGAUGCUGCUGAUCUUUACAGGUAAAGACGAAGGUAUUAUUUUCCAAGGCCAACUUGGAGGGAAAGCCUAGCUCUGUCCCUCUUUUGAACCAAGUGCAUUUUCUCACUUUUGAUGGGUCUGCCCAGGGUUACAAAACGCAGCCACCGCUGUGGAAGGCUCCUAGCAAUGCAUUGGUCCUUUGGCUGGGACUGAUGCUGUAGGUUUAUCGGAGGUGUGGCUAACAGCUGCGAGUUGUCAUGGAGGCAGGUUGUUGGGAGACAGGUUCUUAGAAGCUUUGGCUAAGUCUUGGCAGCACCUGGGGUCAGAAGGCCUCCUCCGGUUUCCUUCAGUCUGACUACGUCAUCCCUUAUAAAACAAAGUUUAGGUGUCCAGACAGACUCCUCGUGUUUUAUUCACACUGCUCCCGAGACAGCGACCUACUUUUUAUGAGUACCCCAUCGACAGCGUACAUCUCCCAGGCAGUGCAGUUCCAUUACCUCACUGAGGCCUCAGACCAAGCCUGCAUGGCAGUCACCAGUGAGUGUUUUCAGUAGGACCAACGAGAGGCUUUGUACGUACGCACACAGUGUGCUGACUCUCAAGCACGGCCCGCAGCACACCUUUAAUCGUCAACGUUCAGCUGAGACUUUAUGUUUAAACAAUGCUAGAAUUAACUUUAAAGGUUGUGUGUUCGUUUGGUGUGUGUGUGUGUCCACGUAUGUGUAGGUGGGCUCAUUCCUCCCUGUGCAUAUAUGUGCAGACCAGUUGGUAUAAGGUGUCUUCCUUUAUCAUCCUCUGUCAUAUUGAAAAAAAGAUUUAUUUAUAUCUCUGUGUAUGUUUGUAUAUAUGUGUGUGUGCACACAUGAAUGUGUAUAUUGCACAUGUGCACACAUACAUUUGGAUGCCCUUGGAGGCCGGAAGAGAGUGUGAGAUGCCCUGAGCCUGGAGAUACAUACAAGAGGUUCUGAGCUAGCUGACAUGUAUGGUGGGACUAAAUUCCACUCUUCUGCAAGAGCGCUAAGUGCCCCUAACCCGGAGUCAUCUCUCUAGCCCCACCACUAUCUCUUUGGAGACAAGGUCUCUCAUUGUGUUUGGAGCCUACCUUUUUGGAUGAGCCCCUGGGAUAUCUGUCUCCACCCUCUCCCCGAAAUGGAGUUAUGGGCAUGGGCUAUCCUAUGUGGGUUCUGGGGAUUUGAACUCAGGUCUUUGUAUUUGCUCUACAUACACUUUACUUUAAGAGCCAUCUUCCCAGUCCGGAAUUAAGUUGUUAUUUUAUUUUAAAUAGAACUCUUUUUAUUCUCCAAGCUUUCUACUUUGUACUUCCUUUAAGGUGGGUGAAGUGGGGCUGAUUCCACUCAAGAAGCCUAUGUUGAAUUGAGAGGAGCAGAUUUUAAGGUUGUUCUGUACCUGUCUUAAUGAAUUUUAACCUCAAUAAUUAUGUAGGUUAUUGGAGAAUGACCUUUCUCCAGCCCACAGGAGUUCGGUGGGUCGUCCUGUCUUCUCUUUGGAGUGGUGGAGCCCAGGCUGAGCUGUCAGGGGUGGGGUGAGGAGCUGUUCUUGCCUUUCCUCUUCUUGUCACCUCGUGAGCUCCUCUGAUGCCUUAAUUGGCUUGAUGUUAUCACGGCUGUCACUCACAAAGGCUAGCCCUGAUUCCUAGGGGAGAUCACUUUGCUCAAGUCCUAGGUCUUAACUCGUUUAGCACAAAGGUGCCUGACAGCCACAUGCGCAACUUUGACUGAAAGUGUUCCCAAGUAAAUGCAUACUCUGGUGUAAACUCAUAAUCGUGUUCACUUGCGAAACAUUUUUCAUUAUAUAUUAUGUAUGAUUUAAUAUAUAUUUAUAAUGUGUAUAUGUAUGUGUGAAUGUGGUGUGUUUGUGUGUUGUGUUAGGUUUGUGUACCCUCGUUUUUUUGUGAGUGCUUGUGCCUGGUGUUAACAUGCGGAGGCCACAGGAAGAGGUAGGACAGUGGUUCUUACCUUGUGGGUCGGUCCCAAUCUGGGGUCAAAUGACCCUUCCACAGAAGUCACCUAUGACCAUCUAGCAUACCAGAUAUUUGAAUCAUUUGUAACAGUAGCAGAAUUGCAGGUAUGAAGUAGCAACAAAAAUGCUUGCUUUCGUGGGUGAGGGUCACCAUACCUUGAGGGGCCAUAGGAAAGGGUCGCAGUGCUCGAAAGGUGAAGAGGCACUGAGGGGGUGCUCUUCCCUCACCUCACCUCAUUUCUUUGUCAGGCUCUUCCACUGAGUUUGGAGCUAAGCUGGUGGCCGUCACCCACUCACCCAUGAUCCUCCUGUCUCCACUCCCCUCCUCUCAGAGAUGGGGUGAUAGGCAUAGACAUGACCAUACCCAGAUUUUUUUAUAUGGGUGUGGGGAUUUAAGCUCAGGUAGGUUCUCUUGCUUAUACAGCGAGCAGCCUCUGAGCCGUCAUCUUCCGAGGCUGGGCAACACACAUUUUCUUCUACUGCCUUAUAUUUUCUCUGUACUCUUCUUGAGUCUUUCGGCCAUGAAAACGACGAAAGAAAAAGGUUGAGUGUAGCCUUAACUUCUGCCACGUGUUUUUGGAAGCAUUGAGACUGAAUGUACUCUGAAGAUAACCACAGGCCAAGUCACUGAGGGAGCUGACAGGACCUGAUGCUGUAAUUCAUGAUGACGUUAUCAGGCAAAGAAGGCCUUGUGUAGGCCUGUAGGUGGAAGAUAAGAUUAAAUCCAACAUAAUCAAGAAGUUAAUAAAAUAGGGAUCUGGGUGAAUCCUAGAUGAUAUAGAGUGAUAACGUUAUAGAUGGCUAGGAGUGGAUAAAUGAAUGAUGUCUUUGCCAAUCAGUUAACUGGCUUAGAAUAUAUUACACUAAAUGUGUAUUAUAAAAUCUCCACUUCGGGUGGGGGUGGGGUGGGGGCUGUGCCUGUGACUCCUUGUAAGACAGUGAUUCCAUCAGAGAAAACUCUUCUUAGUUCCAAGUCCCCGGAGUUUCUCAGCAAUGGGCGGAUGAGUUUCGUUCCCCUUGGUAACAAGGUGAAUGCGAACAGAAUGCAGGGGCGGGGAGGGGUCGGUAAAAACUUCUGCAAAAUCUAGAACCUAUAAGAUCCCUGAAAUAUAUAGCACUGAAAGGAAUCAAGAUACCGAAAACCCCCUGCUGUUCAGCAGACAUAACAAUAGGCACAAGGUUUUAGUCAAAUAUUUUCUAAAAAUUCCUCAAAUUUUAAGUAAAAGUAGUUGAAAUUAUUUAUUUCUACUAAUAUUUAAAUUCUCCAUAAACAAAAAAUAUUGGAGAGAUAAAAUACAAAGUUGAUAGGUCUUAACUAAAAAAAAAUGUGAUUUAUGUUUUUUGUAACGUUUAAGCUUUAAGGUCAAGGGGGUUACUGUGUAAAAAGGUCAAGUUCACUUGUGUUCCACUUCUCAAGAGUAGAAUCUAAAAUUAUCUUCAUGUUCCCUCUUUGAAUUUUGUGUAAUCGUUUUAUGUCUGAUGAUUUGCUGAGACAACUCUGAUUAGUAGUUUGUAUCUUAAAAAAAAAGAUAAGGGGCUGGAGAGAUGGCUCAGUUGUUAAGAGCACUGACUGCUCUUCCAGUGGUCCUGAGUUCAAAUCCCAGCAACCACAUGGUGGCUCACAACCAUCUGUCGUGGGAUCUGAUGCCCUCAUUUGGUGUGUCUGAAGACAGCUACAGUGUACUCAUAUACAUAGCAUAAAUAAUAUUUUAAUAAAGGUUUUUUUUUUAAAAGGUGGAGUUAGGGACUUACAAGCCUCAGCUGGGUAAGGUGGGAUGGGGUGUUCAACAAUAUGCAAGACACUCAGUGUUCCAAUUAGAAGACUUUUAAAGACAUAAUAUUUUUCUGUACACUCUGAACACUCCAUGCAUUUAUGCAAUGUGUUUUGGUCAUACCCACCCCUACUUCCCACCCCCAACUUCCUAUGAGUGGGAAGACCCUGUAAGGUCCCUGUGCCCUGGUCUUUUGAAAAAAAAAUAGGUUAUUCCUAAAGUAAAAAUAUACUUAAUUCUGUCAACCUAGUUUAAUUUUUACUUUGUGUAUAUUGGUGUUUUGCCUGCAUGUAUGUGCUUGUCUCGUGUGGGUACCAGUCCAGUGGAACUGGAGUUACGGGCUGAGCUGCCACGUGGGUCCCAGGAACUGAACUCGGUCCCCUAGAAGUGCUUUUUAACCACUAAGCCAUCUUCCCAGCCCCCUGUAAACCUAUUUUUAAGCAUGCUUUUGACACUAUUUUCUCAUUUUCUUCCUCCUGGUCCCUAACAACUGCCAUCGUGUCUUUGUGGAUUUGCGUCACUGAUACCUCACUGAAGCACUUCUGUGUGAAAUCAUAUAGUAUUUAUUUGUGACUGGUUUAUUCCAUUUCGUGUCACAUCCUGAAAGUUCAAUGAUGCUCUACUUCCUCAGAUGUCUUUUCCUUUUUUUUUUUUCAGGAUAAAUAAUAUCCUAUUAUCUUGUGGAUGCACACAACAUUCAUCUUCCAGCGAACAUUUUGACUCAGAUACUGUUAUUCAGAGAGUAUUAGAUUGAGACCUUGUUUCUAAUUCUUUCAAAUAGCUUAGAAACGUUGGCUCUUGGGAAACUCUCCUUCUUUGUGAGGUCUCACCAAACUUUUCACAGCUAUCGCAGCAUUUUACAUUAUAGCCAACAGCUUCCAAUCCAUCACUCAGAUGUCAGCAUCACAGUACCUCAUAUUCUCUAGAUGUGAUGGGUGUGCAGUUUCAGUAACCUACCAUAAGAAUGCAUAUUUGGAGCCGGGCGGUCAUGGCGCACGCCUUUAAUCCCAAAGUGAGUUCCAGGACAGCCAGGGAUACAGAGAAACCCUGUCUCGAAAAAACAAAAACAAAACAAAACAAGAAUGUCUAUUUAGACUGAGGCUCAGUGGAAGGUUAAACUCUUGCCCUGCAAAUGUGAGAGUUUAAGUGAGUGUCUGUAAUUUUAGGGCUCUGUGGUGAGAUGGGAGACAGAGAGAGACAGAGACAGAAGUCCCCAGAAGGUGACCUGGUAUGCUCAAUGGUGAAACCCUAUUUCAAUCAAGUUGGAAGAAGGCAAGGACUGACAUGCAGGGUUGACCUCUGACCUCCUCACACAUGCUGUGAUAUUCAGGAGCUACACACACACACACACACACACACACACACACACACACACACACGAAUAGGUAUCGGCACUGUUUCUUCAUAGAAAGGCUUUAGUUGCCCAGUAAGGACGACCAUGGUAGAAGAUAGAACUAGGAGAAAGGGCUUAUUUUUUAUUUGAUCGUUAUUUUCUUAAUUUUUUUUAUGAAAGGUGUAUUUAAAUAUGGGUAUUGUUUUAGUUAGGGCUUUAUUGCUUUGAGGAGACACUGUGACCAAAGUAACUCUUGAGAAGAAAAACGUUUAACUGACGCUUGCUUACAGUUUCAGAGGUUUAGUCCAUUAUCAUCAUGGCAAGAAGCAUGGUGGUACGCAGGCAGACAUGGUGCUCGAGAAGGAGCUGAGAGUUCUACAUAUCUGAUCUGCAGGCAGCAGAAGGGGACUGUGUCCCACACUGGGUGGAGCUUGAGCAUAAGAGACCACAAAGCCCUCCCCCACAGUGACACACUUCCUUCAACAAGGCCACAGUUCCUAAUAGUGCCACUCCCUAUGGGCCAAGCAUUCAAACAUUUAUCUAUGGGGGGUGUGGCUGUACCUAUUCAAACUACCAUAGGCAUAAUUAACUUCUAAUUAUUCGACUUUGAUCCCCAUUUACAGUGCGAGCCAUGAGGUGGUAUUACAACUUAAGGAAAUGAAGAAGCAAGCCUUUGUGCCCUUGCCUUCAAAUCACUUGAAAGAUGCUUAGGACCAUGGAGUAUACUGCCAAAAACAAAAUGUGCCACUCUGCAGAGUCCCAAAGCCUCACCGAGGGGCUUCAGGCGGUGUGGGGUGACAUCCUUACGCUCUGUUCGGCAGCACUGAGUUGUCCCUGUCCUUGCCUUCCUUGCUGCAUGCAGCAGGAAAUAGCUGCGGCAGGAACGUUCUGUGUAGACUGCGGUUCCUAGACACCAUCUGGGGACCAGCGUCGGCUCCGUUCCUUCUGCAGAGUCAUCCAGGGAGCUUGUUAAGCAGGCGCACGUCUUGGCCUCAUUCUCCAAGUGUUUGUAGGUUUGGGACGAGGCCCAGAACUUUAUGUUUUUAAACACUCUCUAGGUAAUUUUGGGUCUGGGAGCCACUGGUUUUGCCAUCGUCUCCGACUGCGGGCUUCCCAGUGUCUUUGUUUAUUACGUCUUUACUGUCCCAUCAGCCAGGAUCAGGGCCUGCAGAGGAGGACCUUGAUCUGCAUGUCCCUCCAGAGGGUUAACAUCUGUACUUAGAUUCUGGAAACCCACAACUUCCUGGAGACUCAUAGGAAACAAUUGCAGGGCUGGGCGCUAGGGUGAGGACGAGUUAGGAGUGUGUGAUGUCAUGGAUCUGUAGGGCUCAGCAGAGCUAGAGGAGGAGAGGGGGGGUGCAGAGCUCUCUGAGGCAGUGUCACAGGCUCACUAGAGUCAUCCCUGCAAGGUAAGGACUGUACAGAUUGGGCGUGGGGGUGGGGGUGGGGGAGAUCGGCAGGGGACAGGAGGUUUCCCAAUGAGCAGUUCUGCCCCUUUGGAAGCUAGGUGUAGUGAGAGAUGAAAGACACAAGCAAGGAGAGGCCAGAAUUGAGAAGAACCUUGUAUUCUAAGCUGGGAGCUGUAAUUUUUAUUGUUUUUGUUUUUCGAGACAAGUUUUUUUUUUUUUUUUUUUUUUUCUGUAUAGCCCUGGCUGUGUAAUUUUGUUCUAAGUAUAAAAUGUCACCCAAGAAUUUUAAGUAGGGGUGUAGCGUGCUGGGAUUUGCAGUUACAGAGAGGUAACCCUGACACAGGCGGAUCUAGGUCAAGUAGCCAAGAGGAAGAAAUGGCAGAGAAUGGGUGUGAGGAUUGGAGCAAACAAUGUCCAGCGUGACUGAAGCACAAAAUCUUUAUCCACCGGGAGAAUUGGAAGAGGAGGCAGGAGGAGGUGUUGAAGUCACUCUGAAGACACUGGUCAGCUGAGGGUGUGUGUGUGUGUGUGUGUGUGUGUGUGUGUGUGUGAAGUUUUGGUGGCCUCCAAGUUGUAUGAGUUAGGGUUUUUUUUAUAAAAUUCUCAAGACGGGGACAGGAACAGGGGUGUGUUGGAAGAAUGUCUAUCUAGCAUGUACAGUGGCCCAAAGAGAAGGUGGGAAAGCAGACAUUGGCUAUGUAGCUGGACAUAGAGAAAUGUGGGCGGUCCCUUCUCCUUGAAUGUAUGACCUGCAGAUGAGGCCACUGGGACACUAUCUUUGGAGGUUUGUCCUUGGUAGAGAAACAUUAUCAAGGUGCCAUGUGUGAGUUAUUCUAAAUACCCAGAAAGGGGAUCUAACUUACAUCUAACUGAGGUGAAAAUUCCCAAGCCAAGCCACUCCUGAGUUUACUUCUAAUGUUGCCUUAAGAAUAAUUCGAAUGGGAUUCUGUCAUCGUAAAGGGCGAUUUCCUUAGGACAGUCAGGACUCCUUGCCAGCCGUAGUCAAGAAAAAUUGAUCGUUGAAUUAAGCCUUUGUCAGGCGUGACUUGCUGUAUAUAUAAAAUGUUCCACUGACAGUGUAAUCCAUCUAACUGGGACUGAACCACACUAAUUUGAGAUAAUUGGGAGGAAGACCUGUCUAAGGAAGUGAAAGAUUUAAAUGUUAUGGAAUAUUUAAUGAAAGGAAGCCAUUCCUUUUAUGUCCUUAGGCUAUGUAAGGAAUGGAUAAAUUAUUUAUAAUUAGCAUAUCAAUUGUUGCCAUGGCAUUUGAAAACAGGUUUAUUUUUUCCCCAUCCUCAAUAAUAGAGAUAGCCUUGUCAAAUCUUAUUUACACCGCUUAAUUGCAGUAACCAAAGGAAAAGAGACUGUUGGCCUGGCCCUCUCCCAUAAUCCCUACACUCAGAACUGGUAGGCUGCAUAUGACGACUCUUUGCUGUGUGGAGGAAUCAGGUAAUUCUCCUUAAAGACGAGGCUAUGUCUGAUAUUCUUGUACCCUACCAUCUGUGUGAGAACAGAUGCGCUUCUGGAAUUUAAGAGGAAACAAUACCUAUGUAAAUAUUCAAGACAAACAGGCAAAAUAUUCAAGGUAAAUUUCAAAAUGAAAAUUGAAAUUUAAGAAAAAUACUCUCAAGACAGGAGGGGGGUGUUGGGGGGAACUUGUCUAUGUUGGUAGAAUGCUUGUCUCUCAUGCACAGUGCCCUGAGUUUGAUUCCCAGCAUCAUAUAAAACCUGGUAUGUUGGCACAUACUUAGGAGAUGGAGAUGGAGGCAUUAGUAUCAAGAGUUCAAGGCUAUCCUCAGCAACGUGCAGAAUUUGAAGGCCGGUCUGACUACAUGAGGCCUUGCCAAAACAAACAAACAAACAAACAAACAAUAAAACCAUCAAGAUAAAAUAAUAAUUAAAUAAUUAAAGGGAUCUGCUAACACAAGCACCCUAAAUGAUAGACAUGUUUCUGAGUGACUAAUGUUUUUCCCCCUAAGGAAUAUUUCAGAAUUUGUGGUGAUGAUGACUUCCGUGUACUGAGUGCCAAUUAGGCAACAUUUACAUUUCUUCAUAUGCCACAACAACCAGAAGUAUGGCGCUGAUGCUAUGUAUCUUCCUGUCCAUAUACGGAUGAGGAAUUUCUUGUUGAACAUUUUACAUCGCUGAUUGAAUUGAGGCCAUCUAAGUUUUCUUACCAUAAACUGUUCGUACUUCAUCCCCUGAUUUAGAAUUAGGAUGGAGUAGGUGGGGUUUUAAACUAGAUUCCCUAAGAGAUGGAGAGGUUGGAAGCUGGGCCGUGAGUGAAAGAAAGAGCCUCUGACUGUGGACGCCACGGAAGAAAGGGUUGGUGUCCCGGCAGCAACCAUAAGCCAUGGGGAUCCAAACAGCACAUCCCGAGGAGCGUCGCUCAUAGCUUGAGUUGCUUUGUCAGACCCUUCGUUAUGGAUCCUCUGCACAUGCGCAGACCCUUUCUGUUGGGUUUCUGCUAGCACAGUCCACGCUGAGUCAUUGCCUGGGGCUGGAAAUGUGUGAGAAGGCUGCCUUAGCUGGGGUACAUAGAGGCUCUGCAUAUAGCCAACUCUGUAGCCUGGCCCAGCCCUGGCUCCUCUGUGUCCCUGUAUGGUUAAAUGCCUCCCUAAACACCUAAAGACCAUCAACUGGUGCACUGUUUUCGCUUAGUCAUAGUCAAAGUUAUUGUUAUUAUACUCCGAUAAUCUAAGGUUGGUAAUGAAGGUUUUGGGUUUCUAAAAAGGGGUCAUUUGUUUCUGAGAACUUUUUUUUUGUCAGAGUUAGGACUUAACUAGCAAUAAUUACGAUGGCCCCCAACCUAGAGGAGGGAUCUGAAAGAUGGUUUAAAAUAGAUGAACUUUGCAGGGUAGGCAUGGUAUUUUUCAGUGUGCGCGUUGCUGAUCUGGAAGUAGCAAUUAAGACUAACAGUUGUGAGGUUCCCAACCAAUGAUGUUUGAUAGCAGGUAGUAGGAAUGCGCAUGUGUAUUGGUGAGCCAUCCUAAUUUAUUGUUUUGCUUUGCCUCUUCUGAGAUGGACUGUGGCAUUAGAUCUGUGAGGAGCUGCCAUCAGUUGCCUCUCUCCUCUUUAGAAGAGACUCUUCUUCCAAGCUGCGGAUAAGUGAGCAGAGCUCAGCCGGGCCGGGUUUCAUCUGAUGAGGGGGCUCUGCCCCAUCUCCUGGCUGUGGGACUGGUGUUCUUGCAGACACUGUGGUGGGGGGCCAGCAGAGCAGCCAGGAUGAUCUGCAGACAGAACACAAGAGAAAACCCAUCCCCAGGUUUUCAGGAGCCCAUAGGGUAUUAGGACAGUCACUUCGUUAUGCAGUUUGUUGAUUGGGCUUAUAGCAGCUUUUUUUCUAGUAGUUUGGUUUUCAGUUCAGGUCAUCUGGAGUCUGGAGUGCAUGUGUUUCUGUUACUGAGAUUAGGAAGCAGGGCAGAUCUAGUGCUGGGCCAUCGCUACGUCUUGUAUUGCCUUCCAGUUCAUCUCUGGAUCUUUACCAAUUUAGCUACCAAAUUCGUGUAGCUUCAAUAGCUGCCUUUGCGGUUAGAAGAUUAAGUUGUUGGGAUUAAAACCAAACGAAACCUGCACAUGCAUGAAAGGCCACUUCGGUGUCUCCAGGAGUUUGUCUCUGGCAGCCUCGAGCUUCAAGGUUCAAGAAUGGACUGUAGACUUCAUUUAUUAAUGCAGGACAGGAAAUACGGCUGAGGGAGAGUUUGGUUCUGUGUCCCAUCAACAUGGACAUGGGCCAGUGACUCAGUUGGUGGCUGCCCUGUCACUCAAUGAGGCUCCCCAGGUCUGCUCACAGGGUUUCUGAGAAAGGAAGAGAUUUUGUCAAGUGGCUUCUCUUUUGGAAAAUGAUCCCCAAAAGCCACUGACUCCUGAUGUUGGUCAUACGAACCAAGAGACAACAAAGAGACCUGACAGAAUCUUAGGGUUUACCCAGAGUGGGAAAUGCUCUGAUAAUAUGUGAAGGACAACACCUGGUGACUAUUCUGGGGUCACCAGAGAACCUGUUACCUUCCCGAACGUCCUCGGGUGACUAUGUCACCUUGCUGUCAUAAAUUUCAUAUUCACAGACUUUAAGAAUCUAAAAGGACAACUCAAAACUGUGAUGGGAUAUUGCCACAAUCAAUAGUAUGGAAGUUGGCUAGGAUCUUGGGGUCUCUGUGAUGCAGCCUCAUUUGGGCUGCACGCAGGAUGAGGCUCAUUGUCCAGCACUGCCUACAUAGUCAGUUUCAGAGCAAUCCUUAAGUCAAGUAUAGUAUUUUUUUCUUUUUUUGGUGAUUCAUUGGCCUUCUCUUGAAUAAUCAGAUACAGAUUUAGAUAAAUGUUUGGGAAUUCAGGCAAUUGUGGUUAUCUGUCUUUUAAAUUUGGAAGGAACACACGUUCUCUCUUCAUAGUACGUAAAGUUUUGUGUGUUGGGUUGUUGCCAUAGCCGAGUAUUUUAGGGACUUAAUUUAUAUCAAUAAGCAAUUAAUUGUUGGGUACAAUUCAAGUAUUGUAAGGGAAACGGAGAAAGUGAUUGACGUUUUGGCGUAGAUCCUGCGGGGCUCUUUGGAGUCGUCUAUAAAUAUUAAAAUCAAACGAACAAAGAGGCCCCUAGGAGGAAUUCCUAGCUCUAGGUCUCGCAGCUGCCCUCACAUAACACCACAAAAGGUCGAGGCCAAAAUACAGGGAAAAACUAAUUAUGACGGAGGAUCAAUUAGAUUCAUCUACAUACAGCAACACAACUCCUUCACCUGAGGCCCAAAGAACACCAUUGAAGAGGGGAUGGAAAAAUCAUAACAAACGGGGGACCAAGAAUGCUGUGAGAUUCUAUCUCCUAAAGAACGGCAGGGAACCCUCACUCAUGGUACCACAUCAGUGUGGCCAGAUUAGGACCACACACUGGACAUGCUAAUAAGGAAGGGAGAACUCUCACAAGGCCCCACCCACACCCCACCCCACCCCACCCCACAAAGAACUGUGGGCAACCAAGGGGUGCUGAGAGCUGGGAGAAGUAGUCUUUCCCCAAAGGAAGGCGUCCCCUAAUUGGUUUCUCAACACUGAAUGGUCAGUCCUGAACCCCCGAGCAUGCAAAGGACACACAGAGGACUCAGCAGGUUGUAUCGAUCGCGGUCAAAGCAACAGAGAAGAGGAGGCCAAGAACUGGAGACGGAGGUGAGAGGGGGGAGCACGGGAGGGAAAGGGAAUGGAGGGAAAUGACAUCAUUAUAUUAAAAAGCAAAACGUGAUCAAGGCAGCAUUAUGUGAGAAGGCGGCAGGAUUGAGGGCGGCAGUCCCCUGUGUUUCUGAGAUCCAGCAGCUAGCUUUUAGGCUCAGGUCUCUGGGAUUGUGUUUGCACAGCUAGAAAAUAUUACAAGGGACUAUAACUUUUGUUUUCAAGAUGGAAACGAUUUCCUGAUGCGGGGCAUAAAAGCUUAUGGUAGGGGGCUGGGGCUGAGGCAGUGGCCUAGCAAGUUAAAAUCCCACUGCACUGGCAUGAGGCCUGAGUUUGAGUCCUAGAACCCACCCCCAAAAGGCAGGCAAAGGCGGCUGUGUUUGUACUCUGAGCACAGUGUGAAGUCCUGAGUUUGUGUCCUUGUACCUAUGUAAGAAAGGGAGAAUACGGGAAGGUUUCUAAUCCCAGCACUGGAGAGAUAUGGACAGAGCCAUUCCUGGGUCCUGGAAUCCAGUUCUGAGCCAAUAAGGGACCCUGUCUCAAAAAGAAAAAAAAAUGGACAUAGAACUAAAUGUAAAGGUACUGAAUGUGAUCUCUGGCCUGUACAGGGACACACACACACACACACAUACACACACCUUCCUAGAGUAAUACACAGUUCUAUCUCCUAUCUUGUGGGAAGCCAUUGUUUAAAUAAAAUACUGGUCCAGAUGUACAGUGCUUUUCUUCCUUCUUGCCUGAUAUCCCAGCAUCUUAUGUGGCUUCCAUAGAUGUCUUCACGCGAAAGAGGCUAAGCAUGAACCAUAUGGAUUGAAGGAGGGCAUGGUGGCGCACACCUUUAAUCCCAGCACUCGGGAGGCAGAGGCAGGUGGAUUUCUGGGUUCAAGGCCAGCCUGGUCUACAGAGUGAGUUCCAGGACAGCCAGGGCUAUACAGAGAAACCCUGUCUCAGACCCCCCCCCCCCAAAAAAAAGAGAAUUUUCUUUAGAGGGUGGAUGCAAGUGUUUCUAUUAGUAUCUGAACAGCCCUUGAUACAGGCAUUCAUCUAGAAGCCACAGGAUACUGAUGUUGCAAUUGUCACGGGCCUUCCAGCUUACUAAGUAACUUUCCCUUUGAACUUCACAAGCAUCUUUACUUUUGUAUCCCCAGCACAGUUCACCUUGGAGAUGCCAGCCAGGCAGUGCUUGUUUCUGGUGAUUGACGUGAUGCUGUCUGGUGCCUGCAUGCAAGCACUGCUGUAGAGGACAGGUGUCUAGGGCCAGUGAAAGAUGAAGGUCUUCUGUUCCUGUGAGUGUGUGGAUAGUGGGGAAAGAUCUAGAACAGGGUUAACUGUGAUUGGAAGGUCAUGCUGUGCAGGGGAAGGGGACGCUGGAAUUGCACUGGGAGAGGUGCCUUUAGGUAGACAUAUGGUUGCUCUGCUUAUAGCCGCCUAUUACUCAAAGGGCAGUAACAAGAAAGCACAGGUUUUAAAUCUAGAGAAUAACAUAGCAAUUGUAGAAGUCAUGCCAAAUUGUCGAGGGCAGGAGGGGGUAGCUUGGAGAAGUAAGGGCUGUUCCAGGAGUCCGAGCACGAGACAGUGACGGCCUGGUGUAAAUGAUGUCAGAGGAGAGAUGUUCUCUAGAAUAGAGAGUUCUCUAGCAAAGGGACAGGGAGGAGGAGUCAGGGGCAGUACCUCCCCCAGGUUCCUGGCUGAUAGAUCUGUCAUUUACUGAGAAGCAGAUUAUCAGAGUAGAGAGGGUAGCUGGGGGUGGGGUGGGGCAGACCUUGGUGGCUUCCACUUGGGGAUAUGUAAAGUCUGAAGUCCUCAUGCAGGUACACAGGUAGAGCUGUCUGCUAGCUGCUUUGUUCCCCUUGAUGUGUUAAUCUGAAAAUCUGCUUGCUCAUACCGAUACUGUUGCUUAUUACUUUUAAUCCCUAUAAAGAUUUGCUGCGAUUCACUGAAGGGCUCACAUCAAUCUUGAAUAAUUAGCUACUGUUUUGAGCUUGGCAGGGCGUGGGGGGAGGGGGGAAGUAGUAUGGCCGCCCCUCCUGAAGCAGCUUAAAUUUGGCUCUGACUCUGGGGAAGCCAGCCUCCUACAACAACCGUGUUUCCCAGCUCCUUGUCAGAACAUGGAAGGUGUGGGUGGAUCUGCAGCUUUGGGCCUCAAGGAAUGUCCCACACGAGGGCUCCACAUCUCAGCAAUAUUUAUAGCUUUGUGCAAAGUAGUACUUCAAAAUUGCUCGUAUUUAUGAAGUACUUAUUCUAAAGCCCGUGCUUUUUCACCGUCCCUUAGGUUAUACAUGGAAGAGGGUAAGAGACAGGUUUUUAUUCUGACUGGCAAUAGGAAGUAUUGAAAUUGAAUAUGGCUCUCUGAAUGAUUUAUUAGUUAGUGUUUAUAUUAGCCUACUGUUUACAUUUUUAAUGUGCAUUCAAUUGAAAGUAAUUCUCGUUAAGCUCUUGGAUAAUUUCCCAAGCAGAUUAUCAGGUUCACACUCGGUAUUUAUUUGAGUUUGUGGACAGAUGCAAAUAGUAUGUUAAUACCUAUCCCCAAAGUGUUUUCAAUGAUACUGAUUGAAUUUGGUAAUGCAGUCACGCAAAGGGCAUAAUUGGGAGUGGCUUUUCUUCAUCAUGUCUAAGUCCUGUAGAAACUGAAGGUUUUGGAUAAAAAUCCAUACGGAACCAACAACCAAAACCCCAGGGAAGUUAUAUGUAUAAUAACUGUAUCUAACUCAGGUGUUUCCGUUUUGAGCGUGGUCAUUAGAAUUACAGUAUUUUACGCUUGGAAGAACAUUUAUGAUUUACUCAAACGCUAUGUCAAUGUCCACUCUCCGAAAGGAUUUAAGAAGUCCUAGGGAGAGAUGCAUAAAUAUUAUGUGAUCCAAAAGUUAAAUAAGUGAAAAAUGGAGAGGAGAAAGUAAUAAUGAAGACGAUAAUUUUAAUUAUGAGCUGGACUUGACAGGCAAUACCUGUAAUUGUAGCACCAGGAAGACAGACACAGUAGGUUAAAGGCUAGCCUGGGCUAUAUAUCUGGCCAGUUGGAAAGCUGUGUGUGGAAUGCUCAAGGCUGUACCUUAGAGUAUCAGUCCUAAAACAGAAACAAGCAGAAUAUUUAAGUAGUGGACUGGGAGGUAUCACUGGGAGGUAUGUGAUUUCAGCUGGAAGAUUAAGAUGUAAAUAUUAUGUUUUAUCGAACAUAAUAUUUUCUCUCCUGUCUAGCUGGCUUCAUUGUCUUCUAAAUCAGGUCAAAAGGACCCAUUCAACUACCUUGAUCUAUGCAUAUAGCAUUUUUUAAGUCUAUGUUUUAUAUACAUUGUCCUCUAUCUCUUACAUGCCUUUUAUUCUUAUGCCUUGCACUGACUUAUCCAGUAAUACAACAGUUAGUGGCAGAAUGAAUUAAAACAAAACUCCCCAGCCUCCACUCGACUAACUGUUCACUGAAGGAGUGUGGUGGGUUCUCACCCAUGUGGCCUCAGCAAACCUUUAAAGAACAGCUUUUAUUUUUCAGAAACACUUUGGCAAUGCCUUGUAACCUGUUCUGACAUAGAGUGGACACACAUGAUUGAAGACAGUUAGCAUGCCAACAGCCAGGGCUUUACUUAGGAGUCACAAAGAAGUUUCUUCUCGGUAACCCUGUUAGCAGCACCAUGAUUGCUCAUGCGCACUGGUCUAGCUGGGCUUUCUGGACGGACCCUGUCUUUUCCAUCGCCACUGGCGACUUUGAUGUAUAAAAUGCGCUGUCUCUUGCGGAACCAUUUUCCAAGUUCGGUCAUCGUCCUACACAGCUCCGCUUCCUUGAAACCAGACCAGUUUCCAGCUCAUCUGUAAAAUGGAAUUGCAAGCGCAGAUAACCACAGAUUUCCAACAAGACACUGGCAAGCCCACUUAGAAACUACACAUUGGUCCGGGAGUGGCUUUAACUAUAGCACUCUGAUGGCAGAGGCAGAGGGACCUCUGUGAGUUCAAGACCAACCUGGUCCAGUUCUAGGUUAGCCAGUGCUGCAUAGUGGGACUCUGUCUCAAACAAACAAACAACAGCAAACAACAGAAGGAAGUCAAUGGCAGGAGUGAUGAGUCUGUCCUAAUCAAAACAGAACCUGAAGCAACUGGGAGCCUUAGCUACUAAGUAUUAGUGACAGCUUCAAGCAAGGCUCAUGUGCUGGGCAAGGCUCACCUACGUUCCAGUGAAAAUGUGCCAUCUCACUGACCCUUAAGAAAGAGAACAGUCUCAUUAUUUAGGGUCACCUUUCCCUUAGGCCUACCCUGUAAUGCCAGGGAAUCAAUUCCAUAGAAAAUUAUAAGGUAAAUCUGUCUCCCUGUUGUGGGAGAGGUGGAGGGAAACUCAGGUGAGGGUGGCAGAUGGUGGCUGUGAUGGUCAGGGGCAGGGCAUGGGUGGUGGUGGGGGGAAUGAAUGAUUCCAUGCUGUGAAGAAAUUAGAUCAAACGUUGAAUCUAGCCCAAUGUUUGUCGCAACCCUGUACCUCUAGGUCUUGGAAUAAAGCCAAACGGCAACUUUUUUCUCCUUUCUAGUUAUGAUGGUGUGGGUAUGUCAGGAGGGAGAGACAGAGGGCUGAGGAGCAGGAAGAACCUCUUUGUUCCUGGUUUUUAAGGUAGAGAACUUUAUAGUCAGUGUGUUCUGAUCCCACUUGACAUGAACCCUUUUGCCUUUGAGAUCCAGGUCCAAUUGCAUUUUGAAACAUUCCAUCUAGGACAAAGGAGUACUGUGUGAAAAUUGAAGAUAAUUUAUUCUAGGAAUUGCAAACAAUACACAUGUAGGUACAUUGUAAUCUGGAACCUUCACUGCAGUAAUCCAGUGUCUAUGAGUAACUCCCUAAUAAGUGUUUCUGCAUCUUCAAGCUUAGGCAAACAAACUUUUCCCAGAGCUCCUAGACUCCCUUCUUCCUUCCUCCCUCCCCGAACCUGUAGCUAUUCUGGUGACUAGCAAGCCCCAGCUAUCCUCUGGACUCCUCAGAGCACUAAGGUUACUAGAACAGGUGACCAUGCCCAGCCCCUCCCUCCCUUUUUGUUAAACAGGGCUGGAACUUGCUGCGUAGACCAGGCUAGCCUUGAAUUCACAGAGAUCUCCCUGCCUCUUCCUCUCAAGUGCUGGGAUUAAAGGUGCUUAUUAUUGUCAUAAUAGUAAAAGAAAGGGGGGCACUUUUCUUUUGGCUUGUCAUUUCAAUCUUUGCUCUGAGUAGUUUCUGUUGUACUUUACAGUGGUGUCUUUCUUCACGUGCAGUUUGAGACACGUUGGAAAAAUGACUUCAUCUAAAGUUGAUGAAACAAGAAGUCACUGGGUUGGAGGCUCAGUCUAGAAACACUUCUUAGCUUUCCGCACAUGUGGAUUUCUUUGUGUGAGAGACACAGAUUUUUAAUUAUCCUCCCCUUUCCACUUUUCUUAAAGAAUUGUGCUUUUUCUCUCAUGUUGUUGAGGCCUCUUCUGCCCCACCUCACCCCACAGGGAUCUACCCUCUAUGUUUUUUUUUUUUUUUUUUUUUUUCAAAUGUGAAAGCUUUUGCGUGAACAUUUUGGCUUUCUAAACUUGUGAUUUUUUGGAGACAACAGGAUGAUUAUUUUAAAAAUGUGUUCUCUGGGUUGGCGAGAUGGCUUGCUGUGUAGAGGUGCUUGCUGCCAACCCUUGAGAAGCUGACUUCAAUCCUGGAACCCACAUGGGAGGAGAGAGCUGACUCCAGAAAGUUGUUCUUUGAUCCCCGCCAGAGCAGCUUUGUUGCCACACCAAGGGCAUUAACUGCUACUCUUUUUUUCUUAGGAACAAACAGAACAAACCUUGUCUUCAUUAGACUGAAUAUUUUUAUUUGGAUCUUAGUAUACAUCACUGUUCUUUCUGAACUGUCAAACCCAUUCAUCUUAGUGUUUUAUACAUUAAACUUUUUUCUCAUAAUUGUCUAAUAAAUCCUUACUGAUGACUAUCAUGUCAAAGAAACCACAUGUCAUUCCGGGGGCUGACACAAAGGUAAAAAUGGACAUAUGAGCUUGCUUUUGUGUGUGUGUGGUAUCUGGUAUGGCUGACUAGCCACUUUAUAAAACAAAGUUAGAUCUAAUUUAUUCUGCAUGGGUGAGGGGUGAGGAUAAUGAGCUAGCUAAAAAAUAAUAAUAUAAGAGCCGGGUGUGGUGGCGCACACCUUUAAUCCCAGCACUCGGGAGGCAGAGGCAGGAGGAUUUCUGAGUUCGAGGCCAGCCUGGUCUACAAAGUGAGUGCCAGGACAGCCAGGGCUACACAGAGAAACCCUGUCUUGAAAAACCAAUAUAUAUAUAUAUAUAUAUAUUACACACAUAUAUGUAUAUAUAUGUGUAAAAUUAUCUUUUCAUGUACCAACUCAUUUUACCACGUAAGGUGGCAUAGUUGAAUUAGGGUUUCCAUGUGCAGGCAAAAUCUUGAGUAAUACACAUUCAUUCAUUUAUUCAUUCAUUUCAUUCAUGAUAAGUAAUUCUUAUUCAUUUCUCCGAUUCCCAAAUUCACUCUUCAGUUCUUUACUGUUUCACAAUAUAUAGGAUAUAGUUCUUUUUCUUUUUCUAUUUCCUUUUUGUUUUUCUUUAUUUGGGUUUUUUUUCCAGGUGACUAUGACUAGACCUGGAAUUACUAUGAUAGAAAAUAGACCAGGCUGGGCUCUAACUCACAGAGAUCUGCCUGCCUCUUUUUCUGAAGUAAUGGCAUUAAAAGCAUGUGCCACCGCACGGAACCAUAUUUCUUGAAUGCCACAUUUAUGUCCCAGGGGUACACUAAGGGCAUAUAGUGAAGAGCGAGGUGCUAAGUGUAUUUAUGUUCUGUGGUUAAAGUAUUCACACAGUACGUUUUGCACAGAAAGCCAUUGGUCCAUGAUGUUAGCAUCAUGGAGUUUAUAUAUUCUAUGUCAGAAAGCCCCACGGGAAAGAACAUGGAGAUGGCAUGUAGAUCAAUGGAUUGUGACUUUUCGUUUGUACACUUUGGUUAGGGGAGGUGUAUGACAUUUCUGUGAUGAGAGAAUGAUCCUGUUGACAGUCAGUAUAUCGUGAUGUCCACCAACCUAUUCUUAUUCUUAAGCUAUUAGAGUGCAUGUGUUGAAUGCUCUGUCCCCAACAAAUUACGGAACAUGGCUGGUCCUCAGGGGUAUUUAGUGCAUCAAAAGUGUUUAAAGCCAUCAAGGAUUGAUGAGUAAUUAGUCUUCACGCCUAAUGUGUAAACAGCAGAGGGAUCUUUGAUUUGGGUUCAAUGUAAUUUUAAUGCUAACAGCCCUGAGAUCAGCAGCCAGCAGUUAAAUAAACUUUGACACUUGGUGCAGACCUGUCAACGAAGGCAUAAUCCAAUUUACUAUUGAUUGAUCAACCGGUUAAUUUCCUUUCUGUUGAGACAUUUGUAAAACACUUAUUUUAUACACAAAUGGCAUGGGCAUGUGCAGAGCUUCUUGUUUUGAGCAUCCUAAGGAGGGGUGGGGACAAUAAUAGGAGAAAGAUAAGAAAGCUAUUUGGGCCAUUGAGGAGCUCUUAUCACCCAUUCUGUUGACCAGUUAUCUGAUGUCAGAUCUGGGUCCCUUCUGGACUGGAAGAGUCAGUCCAGACUCUGACCCUCCGGGAGACUCCUGUGAGACUUGUGCAGCUCCUCCGGCCCCCAGGGAUUGAUCCCUUCAGUGUGUUCUGUCUCUUAAAAACAAAGCAUUUCAUGUCGUAUGAUGUACAUUUGUAAGUUGACUUUUCAGGCACUCUCAAGAGAGCUCGGAAGAUACAGUUGUUUACACAAUUUGGGACAAUUACUGUGUCGACAUGACCCAUUAGAGAGGACCUUUGUAGAAGGGCAGAGCCAGGGCCAGUUCAUAGGGAACCCAGAUACAUCACACUUACAAAGAUUUUGCCUGUUGUAUGAUUUUUUUUUUAAAUGUAUUCUUGUAUGCUUUGAAAUAAGGAGUUUUUCUUACUCUUUUUCCCCCCACCCAUUAAAAAAAAUUCUGUGCUCUGCAUAGCUAGGAAGGCAUUACUUACCAGCUUGUUGGACCCUUGAAUUCCAGCUUACAAUAGCAGCGUUUACUAGUAGUUCUCAACCUGUGGGUCUCGAUCCCUUGGGGGUGGUCACAUGACCCCUUUCACAGGGAUCGCUUAAGCCCAUCAAAAAUCACAGAUAUUUACAUUAUGAUCCAUAUCAGCAAAAUUACAGUCAUGCUGUGGUAACAAAAACAAUGUAAUGUAAAAACCAUACAUUAUUGUGUGUGUGUGGGGGGGGUCACCACAACACGAGGAACCGUAUUAAAGGGUUGCAGUAUUGGAAAGUUGAGAACCACUGUUGUAGGAUGUAGUCAGCUUUUAGGAUGAGAGAAGCCAUGAGAUUACAAAUCUACUAAAAUUCAUUAAUUCAGAUGAAAACAGAGUCAGGAAGAGAACGCUGAUUUUACGAUAGUAAAUCAUUCAGCCAUUAUGACUGUAGGAGAUUAUAUAAUAAGGUAAUAAGGACUCUGUGUAUAAAUUCGACAGUACAGGGACAGUGAGGGACAUUUUCUAAAAUAAGUAAGUGGGGAAGCAGUUAGAGAGAUUCCCAUGUCAGCCUUUGGCUUCCAUGCGUGCAAGCAUGGGUAAGUGCUUCUACACACACACACACACACACACACACACAUACACACAAACUCUCACCCACAUACACACACAUACACACACACACACACAUACACACACACACACACACACACAAACUCUCACCCACAUACACACACAUACACACACACAUACACACAUACACACACACACAUACACACAAACUCUCACCCACAUACACACACAUACACACACACACAUAUACACAAACUCUCCCACAUACACACACAUACACACACACAUACACACACACAUACACACACACAUACACACACACACAUACACACACACACAUACACACAAACUCUCACACACAUACACACACACAUACACACAUACACACACACAUACACAACACACAUACACACAAACUCUCACCCACAUACACACACAUACACACACACACACACAUACACAACACACAUACACACAAACUCUCACACACAUACACACACACAUACACACAUACAUACACACACAUACACACACACACACACACCCCACCCAUGGCCUACUUCUGUAGAGCACUGUACAAUUACAGAUUCAAAGUUGUCUCAAAUCCUUGAGAAUCCCAUGUGUUGAUACACAGAACACAAACAUGUAAGUGCAUUUCUUUUUAAAAACAAAUGUUCUAAGCAGAUAUAGGAUGCAGAGAGAAGUGAGUCUCCCUAGGACGCUGAGAAUAUGUGACAGAAAGGUUGCCAGUACUAAGUCGAAAUAUGAUUAUAAUUACAAUUUUACUAGCUCACUCGUGUUGCUGAGCUAGCCUUUAUACUCAGUGGUGCACAGUGACGACUGAGCUGUCCAACCAUGUACAACAUACAUGUCCCAGCAUACACGCCUUUCGGGUUUGUCGCUGGAAUACUUGAUCCUUGGCUGGUAGCUGAGUCCCGCAAACUCUACUGAAUAGCGUAUCCCAAUACAACUUUAAGAAUAUAUCAUUACUCAUCAGAUAUUUAUUGAGUACACAUUUAAAACACACAGGUGAAAAUGUCCCCUGGGUUUAAAUUCUCUAUUUGCACCUGGGCACCUCAAGAUGCCAAAUAAUAAAGAAUAUUUGGAGGAAUAUAUUUAUCCAGCAAAUUACGGAGCUUCUUCCUAUCAGAAACCUAUCUUUUAUUCAUUUAACAAAUAUUUAUCUAAUAUCUCCCACGUCCAGGCCUUAUGCUCAGUACUACAUCAACAAAAAGAGAUUGCCACAGUUACACAGCGAUGUAUGAUGUCGUGCCGUUAAUUCAGCAUUUGGGUCUGUGCACUUAAACACACCACAUGCUGUUUGUAUAUCACAUAUUGCAAAUGUCAGAGUAUUUAAGAAAGUACGGGGAAGAUCAACAUCCAUUUCCCGAGAAUGAUUGACUCUGGCUGUGGAAUUCAGUGCCGUCCGUGCCUUUACCUAAUAUGAAAAAGAAAUAUUAAAAUAUUUCAGUAGUUAUUUUGAUGGGGUGGCUAUCCAGGUGUCUUCUAGCAAUACUUCUGGCAUGGUUGUAUAGUUGUAUAUUUUCUUCCAAAUGUGGAACAUAUGUGAGAAUUACAGUUGUAGAAUUUGGGUGACGACGGAGCUAGAAGAGGCAUGGACAGACAUCAUUCUAGCAUGUAGUCAUUCCCCAUCGAGAAAGCAAGCAGAAAAGUGGACUGACUGACUAUUGAUCAUCAUGGCUUCAUUUGGUAAGCUUUGCAGCGCUAAAUCGUUUGUUCUUCAGAUCUUCUGUAUCAUUUUCAGGUCGCCUCCCUAUAGGAGCAAAACUCAGCUGUGCUGCCUGGGUCCGUACGAUGCCUGGAGGUGACAUUUGCAUAUGAGAGACUUAGCCUUUCUCCAGGGAAACAAGUUUUUAUGAAAACAAAACAAUUCCAUUUUCUCGGGUGGUUACACGUGUCUCAAAAGCACGGAGCAAUUCCAUUUAGCAUGCUAUACAGCAAUGUUAUUUUACAUUCUUGAAACCAAAGCGCACCAUUCUAGUGGAGACAAAAGACACUUGUCAGGUAGGCUCUGACUAAGACAUUGCUUGUCCCCAUUCAGAACUCGCUUUUAUCCUUAGUGUGCUUCGAUAGGACACACCAUUUUCUCUUUUCUUGGUAAAAAAUUAUCGUCAUCUUAUCCCCCUGCAGAAGAGAUUCUCUCAAACUCUUAAAACAAAGAAAAACAUACCAACUUUAGACGUGAAAUAAUGUUCUAAAUCCAAAUGAAACAAUAUUGAGUGUAGCCACACAGUUCCCCUAGGACUACAGCAUUUUAAAUGGUCGAUUUUUAAAACAUUUUCAAUGUUAAUGGGUGUUUGGGGUUGGCAGUUUUGGAAAGAACCAGCUACGGUUUCCUAGGAAUUGCCAGUCUUGGCCUCAAACAAUGGAAUACAUGAAAUUGGUGGGACCCAAGCCCACACACACACACAUACACGUUUCAUAGUUUCAGAUGACCCUUUAGUCUUUGGCGUUUUAGAUGCUUUUCUUGUUACUCUGACCCAUUGCCUGACAGAAUCAUCUUAUGGGGAGGUGAGACCUACUCUGGCUCACAGUUAGGAGUCCACGACACAUCAUGGUGGGAAGGUGUGGUAGCUUGGCUCAGGUGGCGACCUAUAGCUGUGGCUUUUCCCUGUCUUGGUAGAUCCAGAGGCAGACAGGACUGAAAACAAGUAGGUCAACCCUCACUGUUUGUUGUUCUUGAGUAGCUUUCGUCCAUCAGCUAGGCCCUCAUCCCAAGGGUACCAUAACCUUCCAAAAUGGCUCCACCCAAUGGGGACCAAAUGUUCAGACACUCCAGCCUGUGGGGGAAAGGAGGUCCACGUGCAAUAUCGUAGCAGCGUGGUAAAAUAGUGACUAAAAUCCUGGAGUUUCUCAACUGAUUGACUUGCAUUCAGGGUCUCCAUCCAGCCUUCAUUUACUGUGUCAUUUAUUUAAAUGACGUCAUUUCUCUUAACUUCAGUUUUCUCACUUGUUGAUGGUCAUUGUAGUAACUUCCCCAGCGAAGAAUAAAUGUGAUUUUUAUUUUUUGUGCAAAAGGUGCCAGCUCUGAGAAGGACGCCAGUAAUAAGUAACCCUUAAGGAUUGACUUUGGUAUUUACUGGCUUAUUUGUUAAGUCGUUGGGGGAGUGGGUUUGCACUCGUAUCUCAGAAAACACUCAUCCCUAGGUCUGUCUGCCCUCAAGGGCUCCUUGGUUAUGGACAGAGCUCUGUUCUGCCAGCUUUGAUUUCUCUGUCCUUCUGUUGCUCUGUGUGUAAGAGCACAUAAGAUGUCUCGUGAGGAUAAAAAGUAAUAGUUGCUUUAUUGUUCAGUUUCCAAUAGAUGCUGUCCCUCCUGCCUCUGUGCUGCCUCCCCCUCCCCUUCCCCUGCCCCUCCCCUUCCCCUGCCCCUCCCCUUCCCCUGCCCCUCCGCCACUCUCUUUCUGAUUUAGCUUUCUGGUUUCCUGACUUAGAAGGCCUUUUCCACUUCCUCCUUCUGAUACCUUUCUCGUCACUCUUGUGUUUCCAUAGUCUUCAGACAGAGCGCAGUGGUCCCAGCCUGUGUCCUGGUGCAGGUUAACUGUGAUAAUCGUAGUAUGUGCAAAACUGGCCUAUUUAUUCUGUUUGGAGCACAAGGGAGAGAGGUGAUUGGCAGGUACAUGGAGCCUUAUUUCUUUUCUCUCUCUCUCUCUCUCUCUCUUUUGUUUUUUUUUGUUUUUUUUGUUUUUUUUUUUUCGAGACAGGGUUUCUCUGUGUAGCCCUGGCUGACCUGGAACUCACUUUGUAGACCAGGUUGGUCUCGAACUCAGAAAUCCGCCUGCCUCUGCCUCCCAAGUGCUGGGAUUAAAGGUGUGCGCCACCACGCCCGGCUGCCUUAUUUCUUUUCAAAAAGGAGAAGCCAAUAAAUUAUUUUGAAGUCACACGUAUACUGUUUGCCCUUAAAUUACUAAAGAACGUUCCUUUUCUCCUUUUCUCUUCCCCCUUCUGCUUUGCUGCUUGAAACAGGGUCUCACUGUACAGCCCGGGGUGGCUUUCUGGCCACAUCUUGCCUCUUCCCCUGAGCUCUGGGAUUGUGGGCAUGUGCCACUAUGUCCAGCCCUUACAUAGUCUUUCAAAAUUGAUGGGUGGAUUAUUUUCCAGUUUACCUCUGUGUUACUGUUAGCUCAACACAGUUGGGGGACAAUCACUAGAGAGGAAUCCACUGCUCUUGGGGCUGUUGGUUUGGUGACUCUUUGGCCUCUGGGCAAGCUAUUAACGUAUUAAUGCUUUAUGCUUAGACUGAUACAACGAGAGAUGGCUCGCAGGGGUGCUGAGGGGACUAGAGCCGGGAGAAAGGAAGUGGUACCCCUGGUACGUAGAUGGUGCUCGGCAACCAUGUUGCAUCUUUUCUUCUUUUUGUCCCUGAUGGAGCCAUUGCUGAGACAAUAGUAGUAAUUGUGGGAGAUGAUGAACACAGAGUUAGGUGCUGCUCGAAAACUAAAGUUCUGCACCUUGAUAUCAUUGGGGUCUGUGAAAAUGUUCAGGUGUUUUCAUGGAUGCACUAACAUUGCUGCUGGUAUCAGAGUCGGAGUGAGACAGUAUUUACUGCCGCCCUUAAGACCAGAAGACCAGGUAAAGUAGGAAAAGGAAGAUACAGAGUGGAAGGAGAGGAAGAUGAACUCAGCAGAGCUGGGAAUCUGCUUGGUGGUGGAGUGCUUGCCUAGUGUACAUGAGGCUCUUGGUUUGGUCCCACAAAUAAAAUGGACAAGACCUAGGAGGCAAGUUCCUAGGUCCACACAAAGCAGGUUUUUUAAUCAAUCACGCCACUGAUUCUGGACACAGAUCCAGGAGUGUUUUCUAUAUUAUUUGUUUGUUUGUUUGUUUGUUGGCUUUAGUUAAAAGCUGUGAUAAUCCUAAUAUUUGGGUUUGGGGAUUUCUGUACUUUAUUCAUUUUAGCACCAGUGCAUUUCAGGUUCUUCAGAGGACUCUGUUAGUGCUAUUUUCUUACGGAGUGGCUUAUCACAGGCUGGCUGCCUCACACCUGGUACAGGGUGCUUCGUGCUUCCAAGUAUAGCUUUGUUCUGUUCAGCAUUCAUGUCCCAUGUCACCAUGCCACCUCUGUUCACCUCUCACAGUGUCCCUCCAAAGUUUAAGGCCUCCCUUAGAGUCAAAAGCUUUUCAUUUCAGUCGGAACACACCGUCACAGGGCAUUUUUAUUGUAUUUGAUAAAUGUGAUAAGUGUAUUGCACUCUUACUACAUUCUAUUGUGUCCCAGGGAAACUGACAUUCAGUUUUUAUUUAUUCUUGUAGAUUCAGACCUCUAUUUUCUCAUCCACCCAUCCACCCACCUAUCCAUCCACCCAUGCAUCAUCCGUCCAUCCAUCUAGUCAUUUCAUUCAGCUUGUGUUUGUGAAGACUUACUAUGUAUCUGGCAGUGGUGUAAAUGUGGAAGUCAUUUGAGCGUACUGUCUUGUAAGCAAAGUGGAAAUGGUGCCUACCUUCACAGGCUGAUGGCGUCAUUGGGGUGGGGUGCAGAGAGAAGGGAGCACUUGGAUUGAUAGAUCUCCACAUGAAAUAUCCAGUGAUGAGAAGUCCUUGAAGGUCUUCAGUAGAGAAAUGGCACCAGCAGGCCCAGUUGUUGACAGGCUCUCUGAAGUAUGGACGGGGGAUGUUAUGGGGCCACACAGCACAUGAAACCCUGCACCCCAGGAACUUAUGAUAUGUAGCAGGGGCAACCCAGGCAAUACAGGGCAACAUCAGUGUCCCAGGGGAGGAGGCUGUUGGAACCUAAGAUUGACAGUAGAGGCUCAGAGUUCUUCGAAGGAGUCUGGGUUGAGGAGGAGGAAAUGGCUCUGAAGCACUCCACUUGGAGCUAGGAACUGAGGUCACAGUUUGAAGCCAUGCUGAAAAGGUGCCAGCUUCCCUAGAAGAGAAGGGCAUGGGCAUUGAAGUCUUCAUUCUGGGAGGGCAGCAGGGUCACACAGGGUAGAUAGCACAGAGAGAAACAGAAGAAAAGAGAAAGAGACACGAGAAAAGAAACUGGCAAUUGGCUCCUCACGGAGAUCCUCAUUCAUGGUUUGGAGGAAGAGAGCCUCUUUGCAGUGCUUAAGAAAGAAGACAGUUACUGUCCCCAGUGGUUUAUUAGAGUCCUUCUAAGUCCUCACACAUUAUUAAAGUGGUUUGGUUUUCUGUGGGAUAUCCAACGCUGGGCUUCCUGACAUUUUUUUUUCCUCAGAACUUUCCCAUACAGAGAGAAUGUAUUUAUGAGUUUUCUCAAAAGGCAAGAGAAGCAAGUGAAUGUCAGAGAAUCUACUAUCGCUACAGAAGAACAGUGUUCUAACAAUGGUCUUAUGAGAGAGAGAGAGAAAGAGAGAGAGAGAGAGAGAGAGAGAGAGAGAGAUCUUAAAGAUGGUAAUACCACAUUUCGCCUGUUAUCCAUGAUUCAGAGAAUUCUCUUUAAAAACAAAAACAAAAAAGAACCCCACCCCUAAAACACCUUUACUAAUGUUAUUUUUAUCCCUAAAAUUCUUGAGUUUGGAGUUUUAAUGUAAUGGUUUUGAAUCAAGUAUGAUCAUGUUUAAAGGUAUGUACAAAUCUCAUCCGUCUGUGUUAGGUUUCCUUUCUCCAGAGUAAUUUAGUUGAGAAUUUUCCAUUAAAUAAUAUUUUCAUUGACAAAAUGUGCAGGCUCUUAAAAUUGUCAGGCUGACUAGAGUAAACGGGAAGAGAAUUUUAAGAGCUGUGGUGUAGGAAGAAAUUACAUCUCUCCACAUCCCAAAUCUUGGGGAACCCAUGUUAGUGGCUUUGUGACUUUGGGCUUCACGAACUUAAAGGGAGGCUCAUGGUCAAAUUACUAGGGGGAGAUGCUGGGUCACACAAAUGGAACCCAUCUGUCUCACUACAGGACAGGAGCCUUACAUCUGCUGGCAGUGAGGGGGUGACCUUCUGAGAGGCUGAAACAUGGAGUGUUUUCCAGAUUGGUUUCACCAUAAAACUACUUUUAAAAAAAGAAGUAUUUAAAAAAAAAGUCAUGAUGUGCGUGGGCCUGCACACGUGCGCGCAAACACACACACACACACUCUCUCUCUCUCUCUCCUCUCUCUCUCUCUCUCUCUCUCUCUCUCUCUCUCUCUCUCGCACACGCAGUACCAGAAAGCCUAGAAGAGGGCAUUGGAUCCCCUGUAAGUGGUAUUGGAGGUUGUGAGCCAUGUGGGUCUGGAAUUGAACGUGGGUCAUAUGUAAAAGCUAUAACCUCUCUUCUAACCACUGAGUUGUUUCUCCAGUCCCUGGCACCAUUUUUGUUUGAGGAAUUUACUUAGGAAAUGCUACUCUUUGGUGAAACAGGUUGGGAAAAGUGGGGUGCUGGGUAUCUCCUUACCCCACACUUUUUUUUUUACUCUUGCAUCUUUGCAUUGUUAACUAUCUACUUAAUAACCAUCUUUUCCUGUUACCAGAGGCUUUGGAGAGAAGGGCCUAUGUACAGAGAAGGGCCUCUCUCUUGCUCCUGUUGUACCUCACUGGCAAUCCCAGGCUCUCACUAAUCACAGUACGAAUAAUAGUUAACUGAAUUGAGCUUUCCCCCACUCCCCAGGGAAUAUGCAAUUUUUGAGCUAUGCAUUUUUUGGCAUUUUUUUAUACAAAAAAAACCCCACACACUUGGGAUUUAAAAGUCGGUCAAAUUAACACAGCUAAACACAUGCAGGAGAGCAGAAGUUCUCAGGGAAUGUUCACUAAUGGACUACUGAAAUUUCCUCUACUCUCGCACAAGGAACAUUCUGGCCAGACCUCAUACUUCCCUAAGAGGUAUUUGAAUGUAGUUUUAGUUUUUCACAAAAUCCCACUGAGUUCCUGGUUCCCUCUUUCGAUUCUGCUUGACAUUCCCAAGUCUGCCUGGUAUUUCUGUUCCAGACUGUAAACUGUCCUUUGCCUGGUUGGAAGGUAGUUAGGUUACCCCAAGCGUUCUAAAUCUGUAGGUCAAGACCCCUUCACCAAACCUCUAUUUCUAAAAAUAUUUACAUUAUGAUUCAUAACAGAAGCAAAAUUACACUUAUGAAGUAGCAAUGAAAUAAUGUUAUGCCUGGCGUCACCACAAUGUGAGGAACUGUAUUAAAGGGUCGCAGCAUUAGGAAGGUGGAAAGCCACUGAGGUAGAGAAAUGGGGAUUUGUCUGCAGUGUUUUUAUGAUGUCUUUGGGUGGAGGGAGCUGAGGAAGGAAGUCCAGUAGAUAAGAGCACUUGCUCCGCAGGUAUAAAGACUUGAACCCAAAUCCCCAACGCUUACAUAGAAUGCUUCACGUGUCUGUGACCUCAGCAUUGAGGCAGGGAGAGCUUACAGGCUAGUCUAGUUAAAACAGCGAGCUUGUGAUUCGGGGAGAGACCCUAUCUUGAGGCAAUGAGACACAGCGGAUAGAAGACGGCAGUAGAUGUCUCUCUCUGGUCUUCUCAUGGGAGGCCAUGGGUGCCUACACUUGCACACUUACAUGAUACACACACACACACACACACACACACACACACACACCUAAGGUUGUUGUUUUUUGGUUUUGUUUUGUUUUGCAGUCAUCGUAUGGUUCUCAGUCUCAGGUUGCACUUUACUUUUAAAGAGACCUAAAUUCUAGAGACUUGCUAUCUGUUUCUUCUCCUUUGAUUUUUUUAUUUCUUGCAAAACAAGCAAUGAUGUAAAUCAAACGGGUACCAGUAUACAGCUCACCUCAGUUUACUGUUGACAUAUGGUCGGAUUGGUGGGCUCCAUCUCUUGGUCUUUCUAAUGUCUGUCCCUCUAGAUAGCAGUUGCAAACUUCAUCACUGCCCACCCAUGUAUCAGCGGUACAUUUCCUGAGGAAAAGGACAUUAUUUUAUAUAGUGAAACCGUGGACAACAGAAGUCAGAAAGUAAAUAUUGCUCUAAUACCUAUAAGCCACUAUGAAGUCCAAGUAUUAAAUUCCCCGUUAUCCCAAUAUCCUCUAGUUAAAAGAAAGUCUAAGCUCUGGAGGCUCUAUGUUGUAUUCACUUGCAUGUUGGUAAUCUUUCAAUAGCAAAUUCCCAUUUCCCGUUUGUCUUUUGUUAUUCUGACCUUUAGGACAUAACAUAUUCAUCAUUUCAUAGAAUACCCCCUCAGUUUGAAGACAUGUGGUUAUUUCAUGACUAGGCUUAGAAUAAACACUUUUAAAAUAAGAAUACCACAAAGACUGCAUUACGUAGUUUUGGUGCAUAGCUGGGCAAGGCUGAGGAGGCUCUUUGUUUCCCUGGCAGUAACUAAGUGUGAUCAUUUGAUGACGCUGCUGCUGGCUUGCUUUUGCCAUUCCUUUCCCCUUUGUAUACAAUGGAAAUCUGUGGAUGUCUUGAGGCUGUAAAAUGGCUUGUUCUCUGACCAUCUUUCCCCUUAUGCUUUGACUAUGUAUCCAUUGGUUAUUCCUGCCUAGGUCGCUCUCACUACAAUGCUGGCUCUCCAGUGGGAUGCUUUAAUUGCAUAGUGUCAUCUAAAGUUGGGAAUUGCUGUUGGUUUAUUUUAUUUUUUUAAAGGGCUGUCCAUUUCGGCAUAGCCCAUGAUGUCUUGUUUAUCUUUACACCACAGUGGAGUUACGGGUUCUUUUUAUUUCAGGAUGCCGAGUCUUUUGAGGGAGUCCUGUUUAUGUUUAGUAUCUUCACAGCCAUAGAAACCCUCUUAAGUUGGUCCUGACAUAUUUUCUCUGUGUGUGUGUGUUUUCCCUUGCAUUCGGUUUUGGUACAGAAAGUACCAGGUUCACUUACACUCUUUCUGUCCUUCCUACCUAUAUGUGAGAAUCAGUCAUUUCUCAGAGAACGCCUGGUUUCUUAUAGUAGAGACUAUUGAAGACCCUUUUUCUUGAGGGUUUUCAGCAGACAGAACUGGUAACAUACGUGAACAUAGACACAAAUGUUCCUAGAAUUUAGGGAUAAAUCUGGACUCUAUAGCCUCUCCUCCCCAAUCUAUAUUCCUCUCCCACAAGGUGUUUACUAGCUUUCUCGGCUUCACUGUACACACAGAGUUCUCUCAGAAGCGCCACGCCCACACCGCCGCCCAUGGUCGGUGACUCCACUUGUAAUAUUUAAAAGUUCUAGUCUCUUCUCACCCAUCUGCUCCCCCCCAAUUUUCCAGAGUUUUCUGAUGGCUUCAUCUGCUAUCAUCUUCUCUUUUGUUUUCGUCUCCCUUUAAAAUCCCUCGUACUGUCAUCUGGGUGGGAGUUGGGAGGUUCUGUUUGCACUCUACCGUGGUUAACUGAGAAAUCCAUCCUACGUGCGCCUUCUGUUAGCGCCACGGUCCUCGAAGCCUGGAAGGAAGAAAACAGCCUUCACCUUUGCUAGCUAAGAUGGCUCCAGCUGUCAUCUCUACCUCGAUCUCCCAUCCUGUGUUCCUUCCUUACUCCUCGCAGAGGACAAAGUAGGUCCUUGUACAGUGUCCUUGACCAUUCUUGACUAUCUAAGUGGGCAGGGCUUCUUUCUUUGGUACUCGGAAGUAGACCUUCAGGGAUGCAGGCAAGACUACAGAGGGUUUUCCCAGUCCGUGUUCCCCGGGCGGGUCCUGCUCUCCCCUACCUCCUCCUCGGUUACUCGGGGGCUACAAAUCUGCCCAUUGCGGAUUAUUUCACACUGAUAAAAAUGAAUAGCACAACCACGGAGGAAACAGAAUCCAAGUCGGUGUUCCCAGGCUGUUGUUGCUCUCCCCCUUUUCUCAUUUGAUUCAAAUCAGUGCAGACUGGCCUCCUUCGCAAUAGCACUUGCACCUUCUGAACUUCGAUGUUUGCUGUCUCUGCCCGUUCAGCUUGCUCAGAGCUAAUUGUGUCGGUGGCAGGCUCAGAUACCUUCAAAUUUAAGAUGUUUACCUUCAAAGAUGCCUUUGGUAUCCUCCCCAGUGACAAAGGUUUGGCUCAGGACGCAGAGGGAAUUUUCAGAAAAGACGAUGAAGGGAGGAGCCAUCAUCCUUGAAGCAGUUGGGAAUGUUGGAUUUAUUUCUCUUUGCUUUGGUAAACAAAAGCUGGCAUUUCUUUCCAUGGGUUCUCAGCGGUGGGGCUGCCACCUUGGUAGAGACUGGUGGGCAAAUGGAACCCAUGCAGUAGGUUGCCAGCCUGGCGAUUUUUGCCAGAACUUCUCUAAGCACUUGCCAUAUUGGCAGUGCCCCCUCCACCCCCCAAUCCUCUCUGUGUUUGUUUAUUUAUUUAUUUAUUUAUUUACUCACUCACUCUGCUUGCAUCGUGGAAUUCUGGGUAAAGCUGUUUUAAGUCAGAAUCAUGUUAAAACAACAACAUUUAAGAGAACAUUUUGACCAAGAACAAUGCAAAUAUUGCAACAUACGUAAUCUAUGCCAAAUUGGCUUACAGAUUUCAAAACAGGAAGAGUGUUGUUAGCGACGUUCAUGGUUUGGUUUUGCUUUGCUGCAGAUUAGGUUUAGCGACAAAUUCCAUCUGGCUACAGCUACAUGCAGUCUCUCCAUUGAUUGGUUAUAUUGGGACUUCAUGGGAGUGUCCUUCAGUUAGCUUUUCCCAGCAUUUUUUAAAGCUUCAUUGAAGAAAAAAAUGGGGUGGGGGGGACGGGGAGGGAGAAAAGAGAAGGACCCUGCAUUGUUUUAAUUUGCGUCCAACAUGCAAAACAUAGUUCUAAAAUUUUAAUUAGCUAAGUGAGCGGUGAAAAGAAAAAAAAAAGUAAUAGAACAAGCCUCGGUGAGCAGCUGGGAUGUGUUGCCAUGACAACAAGUUCAGCAGGGCUGCCAGCGAGCAUGUCAAUGGGUAAUAUUGGGAGAGGGCUUUGCAACAGUGCCUGCUAGCCACAAUGUGAUUGGUCACGCCUCUGUUGUCUUUGUGUGAACCGGUGGAUGCUGGGUAAGACCCAGAGUGAAUGCUCAGCUUGUCUCAAGGCUGCAAUGAGGUGAUGUGUCACCAAUCAGUAUGUCCCCCAUCAGUCAGUCUCAGUUUAUUCCACUCGGGGAAAUCCUUUGCUUGGCCAUCUCUGCAAUGAACUCUGCGAGAAAGCCUGUCACCCAGGAGGCGCUGAUGGAACACCUGACCACAUGUUUCCCAGAAGGACAUUACUCCCAAUGGAUUAUGGCCCACUCUAAUGACCUCAUUUUAACUUGACUACUUCUGCAGAGACCCUAUCUCCAAAAAAAGGAAAAGGUGUUCCAACCCCAAGCCAAGAAAUUCUACGGCAUACCCUAAACACACUGGUACGGGAGAGGAAAAUCUAUCCGACUCCGGAUGGCUAUUUCAUUGUGACCCCACAGACUUAUUUCAUUACUCCCUCCCUCAUAAGAACUAACAGUAAGUGGUACCACUUGGACGAGAGGGUACCUGACAGGUCUCAGUGCACCUCGCCACAACCAGGAACCAUAACGCCCUCUGCCUCAGGCUGCGUCAGGGAAAGGACAUUACCCAGAAAGCACUGCGACUCUUGCCACUGCUGCCGAGAAGACGUGCACAGCAUGCAUGCCUCCACCCUGCAGAGGAAGUCCGCCAAGGACUGCAAAGACCCUUACUGCCCUCCUCCGCUCUGCCAGGUGCCGCCCACUGAAAAAAGCAAAAGCACUAUAAAUUUCUCCUAUAAGACGGAAACUCUCUCGAAACCUAAAGAUGGUGAAAAGCAGUCCAAAAAAUUCGGUCUCAAGUUAUUCCGGCUGAGUUUUAAGAAAGACAAGACCAAACAGCUGGCCAAUUUCUCUGCCCAGUUUCCUCCCGAGGAGUGGCCUCUGCGAGACGAGGACACGCCCACGACCAUCCCUCGGGAAGUGGAGAUGGAGAUCAUCCGGCGGAUCAACCCAGACUUGACGGUGGAAAAUGUCAUGAGGCACACUGCCCUGAUGAAGAAACUUGAAGAAGAAAAAGCUCACCGGAGCAAAGCCGGGUCCUCCGCCCACCACAGUGGAAGGAGUAAAAAGAGCCGGACUCACCGCAAGUCCCACGGGAAGUCUCGGUCACACAGCAAGACGCGAGUGUCCAAAGGAGAUCCUUCGGAUGGCUCGCAUCUGGAUAUCCCCGGUGAGAGGGAGUAUGAAUUUUGCGACCCUCUAACCAGGGCCCCCAGAGAGGGCUGCUUCAUCAUUGAACACAAAGGGGACAACUUCAUCAUGCAUAGCAACACGAACGUGAUCGAGUCCCAUUUCCCCAUGACGCCAGAAUGGGAUGUGUCUGGCGAACUGGCCAAAAGGAGAACGGAGAUGCCCUUUCCCGAACCCUCCAGGGGAAGCUCCCACUCCAAAGUGCACCGAAGCCACAGCCAUACCCAGGACCGGAGAUCCAGGAAUGAGAGGUCCAACAAGGCCAAGGAGAGAUCCAGGUCUAUGGAUAACUCCAAAGGUCCCCUGGGCGCUUCUUCACUCGGGACUCCGGAAGACCUGGCUGAAGGCUGCAGCCAAGAUGACCAAACACCGAGCCAAUCAUACAUUGAUGACAGUACUUUAAGGCCUGCGCAAACGAUUGGUCAUCAAAGGGCUCAUAUUCCUUCUGCCAGCUACAAAGAGGUAUGCAUUCCAGAAAUAGUUGGUGGCAGCAAGGAACCUUCUAGUGCUUGUAGCCUUCUGGAGCCAGGCAAAACCCCUGAGAGUAUGCCGUCCUAUGGGGAACUCAGCCCUUGCCCGGCUAAAACAGCUGUGGAUGACUAUUUUCAGUGCAACACCUCGAGUGAGACCGUACUCACAGCACCGUCCCCUUUAGGGAAGAAUAAGGAGGACCAUGACACUUUGACCUUGGUGGAGGGGGUAAAAAAGCUGUCUCCAUCUGAGAGGCAGACCCCCCAUUCUUCCAGGGAACCUGUUGGGCACAAGGAGGAGUCACCGAAAGGGCCAGGAGGGGGCCCUGCAGCCUCUGGUGGUGUGGCAGAGGGGUUAGCCAAUGGCCGCCUUGUCCAACAUCAUAGCGCAGAACCCAGCAGCCUGGACAAAAGGAAAGAAAUAUUCAGCAAAGACACACUGUUCAAACCUCUACACAGCACCCUGUCUGUAAACAGCUAUCACAAAUCUAGCUUGUCCCUCCUCAAGUCUCACCCAAAGUCACCCGUUGACACACUGCCAGGCCGUUGUGAGAAACUGGAACCUUCCCUUGGGACAUCCGCGGCCCAAGCCAUGCCUCCAUCCCAACGUCAGCAGGAGCCUGGAGGGAACCAGGAGGCUUCUUUUGACUAUUACAACGUCUCUGAUGACGACGACUCCGAGGAGGGGGCCAACAAAAACGCGGAGGAGGAGAAAAACAGAGAUGAUGUGGGCACCAUGCAGUGGCUCCUGGAGAGGGAGAAGGAAAGAGACUUGCAGAGGAAGUUUGAGAAAAACCUCACCCUCCUCACCCCAAAAGAAACUGAUAGCAGCAGCAACCAGAGAGCCACCCACUCAGCCCGGCUGGACAGCAUGGAUAGCAGCAGCAUCACGGUGGACAGUGGAUUCAACUCCCCACGCACUCGGGAGAGCCUGGCUUCCAACACAUCAAGCAUUGUUGAAAGCAACCGCCGUCAGAAUCCUGCUUUGAGUCCAGCCCAUGGCGGAGCUGGUCCAACCUUCAACUUCCGCGCCAGUACGGAUCCCCCGACCAGCGAAGCUGAGAAAUUACAGAAACCUUCCAACUGCUUGCAAGCUUCUGUUACUAGUGUAUGAUUGUCCUUCUGCCUCAGAUCUUCUGUCUCAUCCGAUACAGCAACGUUUACGACGAUUGGGCCUGAUGUUUACAUCUCUGCAAAGACAAACAUCUCAAGCACAGGUUGGGGGUUACUUGAGCUGUGCUGCUAAGUAGGCUAGGGCAAAAAAAAAAAAUCUUCAUUUUGGAGUAUUGCUUUUCACAUGUAUGGCUCUGUAGCAACCGAAUAGCAGUAGGGGAGAUGUGCACACUUCUGCUCCCGCGUCACUAACUGUAUCUGAGCACACAUAGGAAAGUCUACACACUGUAAGUGGAACAUGUGUUUUUCAAUGUCAUACAGUUGCCAAUUUCCAUUCUGAAAUGCCACAGAGUUGUGUUGCUCCCAGCCGGCCUAUAGGGAAUGGGGCCACGGAACUAAUCCUUGAUAGCCCCACCUCCCUCAAAAAAAAAAAAAAAAAGCUGCCACAAAAUGUAAAUGUAGGGGUGUCCAUUGUGAAAAAAAAUCAAUGCCAAACUGGGCAGAAGGGACCCCAGCCCUUUGUGUGUGAGUCCUUUAAAAUACCAGUCAUUUUUCACUGUGAGUUUUCACAACACUCUUGCGGGAGGAGCCCAUGAGAGUGGGUCAGAGGUCCCAAUGGAUGGACGUAGUUAGAGUGUUUGUUUUCGCUCUUUUCCAGCUCACUUGAUGCUUGUCUUGAGUAUUUUUUUUUUAACCUUCCCUAAUCACAGUCCGGAAUAUAGGCCUUUGAAGUGGACAAAGGAAGGGAAAUGCAGUCUCACAGAGGGGGGCAGGGGCACAGCACUGAGUGCUGGAGGAGGGUGCGUGGAUGACCCGGAGGGAUGAAUCAGAUACUGGAGCAGGAUACCUGCCUCCUUGAGACACUUAGGAUGAGCGAGCUUACUAUACUAGAUGCAGUGAUUAGUUUGUUGGGAAACAAAAUGUUCUUUAUGAUACAAAUGAAGAAUGUGGCCUGAGGGUGUUAUUCUUUCUAAUGGAAGGGACAUAAAUCUAUUUUAUGUAGUUUUAAAUAGAAUGCCUAAAUUAGGCUGUGGGAGAUGAUUUUUAGUGGUUGUAAGAAAGAGCAAAUUUAGGGAGCGUUGAACUUCAGGCCUUUUAUUCCUGGGAAGAUAUCUAUAGAGACAAACAUUUAAAGUAAUUUUUGAUUAGAAAUAUACAUGGGCCCUUAUAAUGGACAGUAGAAUGUCCUCAUUCUGCUGGUGUGGUAUAUUCUUAAUUUGUACUCCCCUAAAAUGUAUCAGAAUGACAAUUAUGCAUUCAUGAACUAUGCCAGAGUAAUGUUUACAGAUACUUUGUAAUGACUUCAGGAGGCACGUUCGGGGGGGAUUGUGUGGCAGUUCCCUCAUCUUUUACAGUGGUUUCUCCACACUCUGGUUUAUGACGCCAUGCUCAGUAUCAAAAGGCUUGGCAGGAGGGGGCCCACUAACCAUUGCUCUUCAGUCCUACAGGAAAGGCGCUUCUGCCAAAGUCCCUGUUUUCUGAGAAGCACUGCAUACAUCUGUAGGUACUGGAAAUCCAUCUGCACCAGGGUUAGAUCUAAUCCCAGGAAAAUGACCAGAGAUAAAGUUAUAUUCAGUUUAGUGUCAGAUGAGUUUUGGAGCCAUAUACCAUAAUGAAUUCAUAAAAAUCAAUAUAAAAUAUUUUCACUCAAGAUUCUGGUAACGAGCAUAUGUUUGUGAGCUACUUCUUUUUCUGUGUCAGACUUAGUCACGAGCAAUGUGUUUAAGGGGACACAGUUAUAUGAAGUAGGUGGAAACACAUAUACUCAUAUUUGGUCUGCUAUUUGGAAGUUGUGUUGGGUCAAACUGGGCUCCUUAAGUUUGGUAUACAUUUCUUUUUUUGUGCUUAUUGUAAUGAAGCUUAAGCAAGAUUCUCAAUAUACCGCUUCAUUGUUGAAAUGCUUUAAGGCAAUUGGCUUUGAAUCUCAUACUUUACUUCCUCCCAGGCAUGCCUCAGUUGUCCAGAAACACACUGUUUAUCUUAUCGCUUAAGUCAUGUCCAGAAAGAGCAACCAUGUAUCUUAUAUACUAUGUAGUCUGUUUGCUUAAGGAGCCAUAUACCAUAUGAUUCCUAGAUCUGGUCUAAAUUAAUCCCCCAUGCCCCCGAAAAAAACCAACCUGCUCUGAAACUUUUGGCAUACUCAAGUCAUAAAUAAUAGGACCAUUAAAACAAUACAUUAGUCUCUGACCCUCUGAACGUAGCCAUUGGAAGAACCGAGUGCCCUGUGAACAGGAGAGGACGUAACUACGUUUAAGUGAAGCUUUAAAAUACGAAUUUUUGAUAGUUCACAAGAAACAGGUUUACAGAAGGCGUUAUUCAAACAAAAUGUGUACACUAUUUGCCUAAUCAUUAUGGAGUACAUGAUUUAAAAAUAAAUAAACAAAAGAACCUCCCUUAGACCAGCAGCCAUUAGCAUAGCAAGAUGGGCUUUAAAGAUGAUAUACCACACAAACAGACAUGCCGUGGAGAAACACUCCUGUCAGAAUCUAACCUGGAUUCUUGAAUAGAGGAAGCAUUGGUGGUGGGAAGCACAUGGCAGAUAGGAUAUGCGCAUGUGUCUAAGAUGGUCUCAUCAAGAUGGUGAGACUCUUGACUCUCACGGCCUCGGGCUGAGGCCCUCUCUGGGCUUUGCCAAGAUUAUUCUCCACUGGAACCACAGCUUUGUGUUCCAUGACGACAUGUCUAGUUUUUAGAGUUUAUCAACAGAAAAGUUUACAAAACUGAGUCUGGUUGAAUCUCUGUGAGGCAUUCAACUUUAAAGGGUCAACACAUCUGUCGGCAUUUUGCACACUUAUAUAUUAUUAUGAUACAACAUAUUACUUUAUGGUAAUUUUUAUUUUUUACAUAUAACUACCUCCAUGAAUCUGAUGAAAUGGCAGCGGUGUGUUAAAGUGUGUUCUUAAGACAAAAAAAGCAAUGUUUCAAACGCUUUUCAGCAGUAGGCCAUGGUGUUGCAUGUGUGUCGGUGACUUACCCAUUGGACUCAUGACUUUUUUGUUGCCAUGGUUUUCUUUCACAACAUCCUUUGGCUUCCAACUGUAAGCCUGUUGUUCCCCUUCCUUUCUCCCUUCUCCCCCAUGAAAGCACAUCUGAUUUGUUACAAAUGAAUGAACAUUUUAAAAUUACUGUCUUCCCCGCUUCUCUACUUCUGUUAUUAGAGAGAGAGAGAAAAAAGUUCUCUUUGGCAAAGAGCCACUUGGUAAACAUUUAGGAAGUUAUUAAUUCCUAUAGCAAUUGAAUUGGAUUGCUAGUGCCCCCCCCCUCCAGUAAGAAAAGACAUGAGAACUUUGAAGCACUUUGGGCCUCUCUGCUUUUAUCAUAUGCUACCCUAUGGAGCCCAAACUUCCUUCUUAUUAAAAGAACUGUGCCGUGCAUUCUGGGAUGUCUGUUAAGCAAUUUAUCUACCGUUUGAUAUAUCUUACACAUCUCAGGAGACCUUAAUGAGUGCAAAAAUAGGAUGUGUGCACACCCAAUAGGGAAAACCAAUAGGAAAGAAGAAAUGAGAGCAGCCAGGUAGAAAUAAGAAAUGCCUGUGUUUUAUAUGUUGGAGAAUUCACAUUCAGGAAACACAAGUGGAAAGGGAAUGUGGAGGAGCAGUGAUUUAAACACCAGCUGUUCCUAAAUGUCUCUUUCUGAAAACGUUACAAUGUACAAUGAAAUUCUAUUGUGGCUGCCACCAAGACAGGAAGGGGGUGGGGGGUGGGGGGUGUACCUAGAGGAACACCCUUCCUCUUUUAGGUUAAGAUAGCUUUGUCCAGUCCUACCUAGGAUUAAUCCCUUGUCACCACAAAGUGUACUUGAAGGCAAAGCUUGUGAUGUCAGUGAUGGGCACAGUUCUCACCAGGCCAUUUGGGAGAGGUAGCAUUCUGAGCUUGUGCUAACAACCAGUGACUGGUAAAGUUCCGCAGCUCAACUGGGCAGCUCAAAAUGCUUCUGAAGCGUUAGCUGCACAAUGGCAGAGCAGGUCCUGUGGGUCACACGCAUGCUUGACAGGAGCAGACAAACGGAGUGACUCAAGAUCCCCCAGAAACACAGUGGCAGCUCUCUCUCUCUCUCUCUCCUCUCUCUCUCUCUCAAUGACCUAUUUUCUAUCUGUUUGAUAGGCCAUGGUGAGACAUCACUAAAAUGCUAUUUUUAUGAUGUGUGCUAAUAAAGAAAACAAAUGCAGCUUGACACCUUGUCCAUUUCAUUCAAAGAGGUAUGGGUGUUUGGAAUCUCAACACCUCAGCACCCCUUUACUGGUAUUGAGUUAGGAAGUGCGAGAUGAACAAGUCCACACCAAUACCACUGUCGUCAAAGGCCAGUCCAGACAUCCACCUUUGUUUACAGUUUCUCGUUGGGUUCCUGUCAUUUCUGUGAUAACCCCAUCUUCAGGAACAUUGGCUGCUCCAGGCAGUGGAAGGUGCUGAAACAGUUGUUUGUUUUUUUUAAGUUUUCUUUUAAAAUAUUUAUCAAGCACUCUUCACAGUGCUCAGCUACAUACCAUCCACUAAACUAUAUCAAGCCCUGCUUUGUAGGAUCUGGGAAGCUGAUCCAGUUCUAAGAGUUUUGUCAAAUUAUGAGAUAGAAGGUCUUUGACAUCUGCUUUCUCCUUUCCCACAGACCAGUCCCACACCCAACUAGCAGUGUAGCGCAGACCACAGUAGACACAAGAAGUGGUGUUUCCUUUCCCUCCCACCCUCACCUCCCCACCCCCCACCCCCCACCCCCGCCAUUGUCAAAGCCAUCCAAUAACGUCCUGUGAGCGAGGGACUCCUUGGCCCGUGUUUAAGGCUUGGGGAAAUUAGAAACAAGAAAAAUGAAUGCAAAAGCCAUGGGAGGCAUUGUUUUUCUUUGGGCUAGUUAAACAUGGCGGAAAGGGAUUGCUAUUGUCCGAGCUUUGCCAAGAAAUACAAAAAGAAUCAGCUGUCACCUCAUCCUUCUGGAAGAAGGUUUUAUAGUAUUAAUGAUACAAGUGAUAUUUUCCCAUGGAGUUUUCCUUAGGAUACAUUUCAUGAAUUAUACACAGGAGACAUUUUAUUAUUAGAUCUCAUGUGUUUGCAAAAGGUACUGGCUUCUCCCUGAUUGAUGCCCGUCCCCUUGGCUUGCGUCAGCAAUGCAGAGGGGCUCCGUGGUGACGGCUUCUAUGAUCCAUAUGCCUGUGUCGUUAUUAUUGUUGUUCACAGGCUUAAUGGUUGCAAAAUUUAGAAUUCGGCAAAGCUCCAGGGGAAACGAGCGGUCUUGUGAUUGUAUACAGGCAGUCAGAGGCCUUUAACGGCUCAUUGCUGGCUUCACUUGUGAACACACACACCCGUCCGACUAGGAAAAGGGUAUUUCCGAGUGAGGUACCAAUGGCUCUGGAAAGGCAGAAAUGGAAGGUUAGAGCCAGGCUGGUCCUUGUGCACCUGCCUACCUCCCUGUCCAAAGGCUGACCUUGGUACCCCCCAUUCCCCUACUCUUGCCCCAAAAGAGGUACCACAUCUGAGACCUGAGCUCCCCUCCAAUCCCAGUCCUCUCCAGCUCCGGGACCUUCAUCCUAUAGAACAUUCUAGACAGCCCUGACUUCCUUUCCUCUGAGAGUUACCCUCUCUGCCUCCUUGUCUCCUCCUCCCACCUAGAUACCUAUUCCACCACCACUGUUUCCACAUUGGAAGAGCAGAAUACUGUGUAGUAUUGUGCACGCAUGCCAGUUAGGAGUAGAGCUGCCCUAGAGUCACUUCAUGUAAGUGUCAACAGGUACAAAUGUAAAGUCCUUAGAGCAGUGACACCUGUACUCUCUGGAAGAGAAUUCAAUUUGACCCUCCAAGUUCCAAGGGAUCAUGGCUCUGCAGGUGUCUUUCUCUGCGUGGCUGACUGUGACGAUUACAUUAGGGUCAAUGAGCUAAGAAGUACAUGUGGGAUUCACUAUGUUAGGAAGGAGUUUUGCAGCCAAGACUGCCUUGAAUAAAAAAUGUUUUUGCACUGAAAAAAAAAAAACUUUAAAUGACUUGGUCUCUGGUUGCUGUAAAGGUCAUCCAAGAUGGAUGUUCUGUUUAUAUUGUAUAGUAUUUCAUAAGAAAUAACUGCAGUUCAUGAAACGUCUUCCCUACUGUUACUGAUUUCUAACAGCACAUUUGUAACAUGGUUUUUAUCGUGUCCGUGUACCAUAUUGUAAAUGAUGAUUCCUUGUCAUCCUUAGUACAAUAAGUUAAAAGGAAAAAAAAAAGGACAGGGAUUUUUGUAAGUCUAUAUUUGAAAGUCCCUCCAUAUGGUAAUAUUGUGUUCAUGUUGUAUAUGUAGUGUUGUGUGAAAUAUCCAUUUUGGAUUGUGUUACUUUUUAAGAUAUUAAAUAACAUUUGGUUAUAUGUGUAA